CCCACAGUACAUUAUUGCCUCCAGGGCAUGCUUCACUCCAAGAUCCCUAUUUAAAGCUCCCUCUGCUGCGUUCUUGUACCCAUUCUACGGACGGUUAAAGAGAGAUCACAACCAUCAUGUCAGCAGCUACUGCUGUACUGGGUUCGCCCAAUAACCCUGUGAAAUAUUUAGACCAGGAUUAUGAAGUGCUGAAGGCACAGUACUUGAAAUCUGGCAAACCCUUUGAGGAUGAAAAAUUCCCUGCCAGCCCAUCCUCUAUGAAACCAGGUUUGGAAUCAGCAGCACAUAUUGAAUGGAAGCGACCUAAGGUAAAAUGUUAGCUUACACUGCCUGCUAAGUCAAUCCUUUCAUUUACUAUGUAUGAAAUGUGGGAGAUAUUUUCUAUAUUAAAAUAACUGUAUCACAUAACUAUAUACUGGCGUAACGCAUUGAAAUCAUGGUUGUGUAAAUUGCUAAUAUUUUUUGAGCUGUGGAAAAAUAUCUCAUUAUGGGUCUCUUGUAAUCUCUAGCAACAAAAAAAAAAAAAGUGCCCAAAAAUGUCCUGUUUUAGAUUUUGCAUUUCAUCCAAUCAGCCGCAGCUCUAGACUUUGUGAGGCUUUAGGCAAAACUCAAACAAGGAUGUGCUGGGUGAAGGGUGUAGUGGAGCACUAGUCCUGACAAGGACUUUUCCCUCCACUGGAUCCAUGAAGACAGGAACUCUGGGCCUCGCACACUUGGCAUACAGGGCAAGUUGCAGGGUUCCCUCCUGGUGUUGGCCCUCAGUCAUGGACCGAGUACCCGACAUGUCAGUUUGCCCUAAAGAAAUCUAGGCGGCCACAAGGCCCCAGUCAAUGUGAAGACUUAGGCGGCCACCUAAAUCACCUAAUUAGAGAGCCACCUCUGUGUGGAUGUGUAUUUGUAACAAUUAAUUAGAGUAAUUUACUAUGUACAUUACACUUUACCUGUUCUCUGUUUCUAAUUCACACAAUGAUUUCUUAUAGGAAAUAAAUGCUGAUGCUCAGUUCAUUGUAGAUGGCGCUACACGUGAUGACAUUAUUCAAGGAAGCGAAGGUAAGUAACAGUAAAUCUAUGAGUAGAAAGCAAGAAGCAGUGUAGCAAAGGAAAUUACUGAUCCAAAUUGUUACGUUUACUAAAAAAACUGGAAAUGAGUUUCAACAAUCUGAGAUCCCUUUAUUUUCAAAGUGUCUAUAAUACUACUAUCUGCCAAUCUUGCAAUAUUUCAGCCAUGUUAAAAUUCACAUUGAAACAAUUUAAGGAUAUGUUUUCAGUUUGUUGUUAUACAAAUCUGCGAUGUUUAAAGUAGUUGGACGCAUCAGUAACUUAGGCAGAAAUUGUAGACCAACUGAAUAUACAAAAAAACUAAGAAUCCCAAACAUAAUAUACCUCCGUUUUACAAAUGGUGUUCAGUACAGACCUUCUGUACAUUUUAAGACCCAUAGGAUGAAUUUUCUAGGUUCCAGAGUGGAAUGUAGAGCUGGUUGGUCUUGAUACCCAUUUUUUGCUUUUAUGUUUCUAAGCUAUCAGUUUUUUGUUUUUUUUCAUAGUUUUAUUAUUAUGAGAAACUUUGGCAAUACCAGCUAGAUGAGCAUAUGAGUGCUCCUGGACCAGUACGCAAUAUUUUGUAGUAUACGGAGCAUGUAUCGUCUACAAUUUAUUGUGAAUAAAAUCCUUGUGCAUCUUUUCACUUAUUAGCUAUUGUUACAAGAUCUCGGAUGUGUAUGAUACAAUAUUUCCUGUCCAAUAAAUAAGGAAUUUAAAAAAAAAAGAAGUACUAGAACAGUAAUACCCAUACCUCCCAAGUGCCCUAGAUCUGUUGGAAUAAUUUUGAUUUUAGAGCUAUGUCCUGCCAACCUGGGUUAUUUCUUUAGUAUCGAUUCCUACCUCUCAGGAAUGCCAGAGAAAAUACCAUACUUUAUAUUUGUCCAGUCGGAUCAGUAAUUCAGUACCUCAAAUUUAAAGCCAGACUUGUACGAUUUUCAGAUAUCUACACUGUAACUUUACUUAUUAUGGGGAUGUAUCGGAAUGUAAUAUGAGGUUUUUCUGCAUUAGCUCACAGUGAACAUGUAUUGCUUUUUUAAAGGAACACUGUAGUGUUAAGCAUACAAACAUGUAUUCCUAACACUAUAGUGCUGGAGGACCAAUCUAGGUCCAGGUCUCCCUCAGAUUGGAGAUAAAAGGUGUUGAAACUCAUCUUUUCUACUUCACUGCACUGAUCUUGCAUCCAUGGCUGAGAUCAUGAAUUUUGAUGAUCUCGGCCAAUUCAAUGCUGCACCAAUCAGCAUAUCUUCAUAAAGAUGCAUUGAAUCAAUGCAUCUCUAUGGGAAGCAUUCAGUGUCUCCAUGCAAAGCGUGGAGAUGCUGUACAUAGGUACUGCACACUGUGCAACACUGAAAUAGGAAGCACAUCUAGUGGCCAUCUGAGUGACCACACCUUGCGAUGUUACUAGGCAGCAAUGUAAACACUGCCUUUUUUCUGAUUAAAAAGCCUGCAAGGAUAGGCGGUAGACACCAGAUCUAAUACACAAAGCUGUAGUAGUUCUGCUGACUAUGGUUAAAUCUUUAAAUAAAAGGUUACUGGCACAAAACCUAUUUUUUGGUCUUAGCCAUAUACUUAUAAAGUGCGCAUUGCAGAGAAUGAAGUUCCAUGAAGUUCCAUCUUCCAAUGACACACAGUAAAAUAUACUAAUUGGACCCCAACUGUAGAGUGUCAAAAAAGGAAGAGCCUCCAAUCCUGAUUUUAAAAGAAAAAGGUACCUUUAUUUCGUCAUUGCCAAGAGACACACUCAAUACACACUGGGGCCACUGUCUGUCUGUCUCUAGCUAUCUAUUUGUCUGUCUGUCUCUAGCUAUUUCUAUCUCUAUCUCUAUCUAUCUAUCUAUUUCUAUAUAUAUUUCUGUAUCUAUUUCUAUCAAUCUAUUUCUUCCUAUCUCUCUCUUUCUCUCUCUCUCUCUAUUUCUAUCUCUCUAUCUCUAGCUAUUUAUUUCUAUCUCUCUAUAUCUAUCUCUUCCUUUCCGUCUGUCUGUCUGUCUCUAGCUAUCUAUUUCUCUGUCUGUCUGUCUGUCUCUAGCUAUCUAUUUCUCUGUCUGUCUGUCUAUCUCUAGCUAUCUAUUUCUAUCUCUGUCUGUCUGUCUCUAGCUAUAUAUUUCUAUCUCUGUCUGUCUGUCUGUCUAUCUCUAGCUAUCUAUUUCUAUCACUGUCUGUCUGUCUCUAGCUAUCUAUUUCUAUAUAUAUCUCUAUCUCUAUCUAUAUCUAUUUCUAUAUAUAUAUAUAUAUAUAUAUAUAUCUAUCUAUCUAUAUCUAUUUAUUUAUUUAUUUAAAUACUUUAUUUUUGUAGUGCAGUUAUUAGGUACAAGCAGGCUUGAGGUACUCCACCGGCAUUCCUCGAGCUUUGUGACAUAUUUCACAAGUGGGGUUAAGAUAGGCAGUGCACAUUUUUUAUAUAACAGGUACAUCCGAAAACAUUAAGCUUUUGUUAGUGUAUGUUGCAUUGACAUGACAGUAGUUGCUGUGUCUAAGAUGCUUUCCCAACCCUGUGCCGUAGAAAGCGGAGAGGUGGAGGUGUUACGAGUGGGCCCAUGGUGUGGUGUGUCAGCGUAUGAAGUGACUGAGUGCGUGCUGAAGGUGUAGUGCCUGUACUCGUGUUUUGGGGGGGGUUAACAUAGAGAUCCCAACUGUUGCUUAGUGUCUGUAAUGAAGGGUGACAUAUGGUUUACACGUUUUAAACAGGCUUAUGUGAGUUCUAAGCAAUAAAAUACAAUAAGUUGUAUAGGCGCUUCCAAUCUUAAAUAUAACAAUAAACGUGAGUGUGAAAGAAGGUGUAAUCCCUUAACACCUUAAAAACAAAGUGAAAGAAUAUAGAUAGAUUCACACACACUAAAAGAUACAGUAUGUAAAUAUUCCACCUAUUGGAGAUAUAGGUAUUGUAGUUACACCUGUAAAACAAAUAAAAUACACAUAGUGUUUUCCAUACAAUAAAAUACAAAUAAUUAUAAUAUAUGAGGAAUAAACUCACAAAGAUGGAGCCUCAUAGGCUCUAUGUACAUUACCCUUGGGUGCCUAUCCAGGCUCUCGAUAAGCUUCUUAUGAAGAACUCGAAGUCCACGAAUAAAAAUGUAGAUACAAAUUUAUUAAAUAUACUAGUAAAAAUAUAUACUAUAGAGGGACAAAGAUAGGGCAGGGAUAAAAAUAGAAUAUAACACAGUAUUACACCGCAAUUAUGGCCAGAAAUUAAAAGCAGUGAAAAUACCAAAGUAUAUAUACAAUAAGAAAAUACCGCCAACAGAAAAAGUCCCAGUAAAAGUCCAGUACUGGACUGCUUUUUUGCAUUAGGCCACUCUGACAGGCUAGGGAAACAUCUAGCUAAAACCAAUUGUAUAUGCAGUUAUUCUGGUGAGUCAGCAGUGUCCAAGUCCUGGUGGUUGUCUCCAUUAUUUUAUCAGGGCAGGCAGGGUUUUGGUGGUAGCUUGUGGCAUCCCGCCUCUGCGCGUUCUGUGCCGGCUGUCAGCCCACUACAUUUCGAGGCUGGGUUGUAGAGUCCUUUGCUUCAGGGGAGACAACCAGAAAGGAGGCGGCAAAGUAGUGGUGUCGAGUGGGCUCUCGCUUCUCCGAUGUGCUGGAGCGUCUUUGUGGGCUGAGAGGAGCUCCGUCGCUGAUCAGCUAUCUGCAUGUGGUGCGGUGUGUCACCAUCUUGGUGCAGGGUGCAGCAUUAGGUAUGUGAGACCGGUUCCCCGAUGUGUCAGAGGUUCCCGCUUCCGUGCCUUGUUUUGCAGUGGGUUCUUUCGUGGUGCGGGAGCUGGCUUAUUGCGUCCCCGUCUUUUCCGCUUAUUGCCGCCUUGAGGUGAGCGUUGUGCUGGGAUGCCUUGACGGGUGUUUACCGGUGGUCGUUGUGGCGUGUUGGUUUGCAAGCACCCGGUUGCUUUGCCGUGUAUUGUGGGCGUCUGGGGACCACAUUUUCUCUUGCUGGUUUUGACGCACGUGGCGUCCGCCAUCUUAGGUAGGGUGCCCCGGAUCAGGCUGCUGAUGCUGCUGGGCCCAAGCUGCUUUGCCGCUUUCGGGGUCACAGGGUGGAGACCGGGAUCACCCCCGCCGGCCCGGGGGGGGGAACAGGGCCAGGUCCUCGCCGGUCCGGUCCUCCGGCCGGGCACUGUCAGGCAGGAUAGCGGGGCAGCGGUCGUCCGCCCCACUCACCGCCGAAGAAGGCCCCAUCUGGAGCGACAGUUUCUCCCCCAGGGGACUGCAACUCUGGGAGUCAGCCUCUUCCUGGGUCCAGUGGUCUCAGCACAUGGAGGAUCGGUCCUGUCGGUCUGCUAUCCCAGGGUAAAUCAUGCUUUAAGGGCUUAUAGAGUGCGAAAGUGCAGGAGCUGAGGUUGCUUGCGACCAUCCAUCUAUUUCUAUAUCUAUCUUUAUCUAUUUAUAUAUCUAUUUAUAUAUCUAUCUAUAUCUAUCUAUAUCUAUUUCUAUAUCUAUCUAUCUAUCUAUAUCUAUUUCUUCCUUUCUAUCUAUCUAUCUACCUAUCUAUCUAUCUAUCUAUCUAUCUCUAUGUCUGUCUGUCUCUAGCUAUCUAUUUCUAUCUCUGUCUGUCUGUCUCUAGCUACCUAUUUCUAUCUCUAUCUCUAUCUAUCUAUCUAUCUAUCUAUUUCUAUAUUUAUUUCUAUAUCUAUUUCUUCGUUUCCGUCUGUCUGUCUGUCUGUCUAGCUCUAGCUAUCUAUUUCUAUCUCUGUCUGUCUGUCUGUCUGUCUAUCUCUAGCUAUCUAUUUCUGUCUGUCUGUCUGUCUCUCUACCUAUCUAUCUAUCUAUCUAUCUAUCUAUCUAUCUAUUUCUAUCUAUCUAUCUAUCUAUCUAUCUAUCUAUCUAUCUAUCUAUCUUUCUUUCUAUCUAACUAUCUCUAUCUCUGUCUGUCUGUCUAUCUAUCUACCUAUCUCUCUAUCUCUAUGUAUAUCUCUAUGUGUAUCUAUCUAUCUAUCUAUCUAUCUAUCUAUCUAUCUAUCUAUCUAUCUAUUUCUGUAUAUCUAUCUAUCUAUCUAUCUAUCUAUCUAUCUAUCUGUCUAUCUAUUUCUAUAUAUAUUUCUGUAUCUAUUUCUAUUAAUCUAUAUCUUACUAUCUAUCUUUUUCAAUUGUCUGUCUGUCUGUCUGUCUGUCGCUAUUUAUCUAUCCUGAUCUAUCUAUCAUAAUCUAUCUAUCCUAAUCUAUCUAUCAUAAUCUAUAUAUCUAAUCGAUCUAUCUAAUCUAUAGGGUCUAUCUAUCUAUCUAUCUAUCUUUCUAUCUAUCUAUCUAUCUCACACUAUCACACUCUCUCACGAUCAGGCCCUCUGCCCCCGUGCCACUUGCGGCAUCCUUGCUUACCUCAUCACAGCAAGCGGCAUCAUCUGGUCCCUGCCUCCAGACUGGCGGUGUGUCUGACGCUGCACGCUCCAGAGCAGCUUUCUUAUAUGUGUGCCAAACCCGAUCAUGUGACCCGGCACACAGUGAUGACUUCAGAGACCACAAGGGAGGGAAGAAACUCCUCCCGCGUGUUGUGGUUAACACUAAUUGGAGGUUAGCCAAUCAGACACACCCUGUGUGUAUAUAAGCUAACCUCUCCCUUGCCUCAGUGCCCUGUUGUGGUCUUUGGUUUACCAUUGAGCGUUGAAUUUGUUAUUUGGAUUUCCUGGUUACUGAUAAUUGGCUUUGUCUCUCGUUAUUCUGUCUCUCUGUUUCCCUUGACCUCGGCUCGUGUUUUGACUAUCCCUUUUUGCAUAACCCGACCAUUCUAAGGAUUGGUAUUGCAAUUCUCUCUACUCUGUCCUGUCUGCAUAUUAGGGUUGCCUAGUGAACAUUACACUCGCACCGUCUCUCACACUCUCACCCACACUCACUCUCUCACUCACCCACCCACACUCACUCACUCACCCACACUCCCACACUCUCUCACCCACAUUCACUCUCUCACCCACAUUCACUCUCUCACCCACACUCACUCUUUCACCCUCACUCACAAAAUAAGUUUACAUACGGUUUGGAUCCUCCUGCUUGGUCUCUGGUCUCCUGCCCGUCAGCCUGUCAGACAGAGCCGCUCUGUGUGCAGGAGAUCUUAUCUCCCCACACUGUCGGCUCUGGUUACUGAUAGGCUCCGAGGUUACUACAGGACACAGGAUGCGCGUUCACAGUGCCUACUGUGUCCUGAUAGCAUGUUUGAUGUAUUCAGCUCAAUGUUAAUUACAAGACUAAUGAAAACAAGUAAAUAUCUGUAGGCAGUAAAUUGUACACUUACAUUAUCUUUUACAGCAAAGAAAGAGGACAUGGAGGAGAAUGUUAUUGGCUUAAAUAACCUGUUGCUGCUGGAUUGGUUAACAGUGUUCUAUUAUGUUUGGUUGUUGUUUCUUCUGUUGUUUUAACCUAGCUCAUUAUUUAGCUAUUUCUUUGCUGGUAUAAUGGAGUAGUAAAGAGAGGUAAGCAUAAUAGGAACCUCCUGUCUAACAUAGAAUCCCAAAUUGUAUUAGGCAUUUCUUUAAUAGCAGUAACAGCUCUGGGGGGUAUGGAGGGGGAAGGGUGUAACAAUAAAAAUAAAACUUUAGCAUUUCUUUUCCUGGCACUAGAGAAUACUGGAGUGCCCCCCUCCCUUCUGCCCCCAAUCUCAUUUCGCUGAAUGGGUUAAAACCCCUUUAGUCACUUACCUGAAUCCAGUGCCAAUGCCCUUCGGUGCUGGGUCAGGCUCUGCCAACACUCCUCUCCUGUCGACGUCCACCGGCGGAAGAAACAUAAUGCGCAUUGAAUUAUUAUUCAAUGCUUUCCUAUGGGGAUUCCGGCGACGCUGGAGGUCCUUAUGCAUAGCGUGAGGACGUCCAGCCUCAUUUAGACGACCAAGAAGAAGCCGUCUAAGAAGCCGGAAGGCCCUCUAGUGGCUGUUGGGUAGACAACCACUAGAGGAGGACUAACCCUGCAAAGUAAUUAUUGCCGUUCAUAAAAACUGCAAUAAUUACACUUGCAAGGUUAUGGGUGAUGAGAGAUGGCACCCAGACCACUUCAAUGAGCUGAAGUGGUCUGGGAGCCUACAGUGUCCCUUUAAUCAUAAGAGAAGUGAGUGUAUAACUGUAUUUGACAUUUGUUUAUCUGUGUGUAUUUGGCAACGUGGAAGUUUGAGUGAAUGUCUAGCAGUGUGUGUGUUGGUGCGUUUCAUGUGUCUGUCAGUAUGUAACUGUCUAUGUCUGGCAGAGUGUAGCUGUGUGUCUAGUAGUGUGUAACUCUGUAUGUGUCUAGCAGUGUAUAAUUUAUUUAUUUUGGCAGUGUUUUUUUUUUCCAAUACAGGAAACCACAAUGUCAUCUAGCAAAUAUCUAGCUGAAUUGGAAUUUUUUUUUUUUUUAAAAACAGAAAUUUAAAUAAUCUUUUUUUUUUUUCAAAUGUCUACUAUAGCAAGAAUGAAUGUAGACAACCCAGAUCGAUCAGUAUAUUGUACUUACAUUUUAGAUCCGCUGAUAUUUUGUCUAGACUGCUUAACUAGCAUAAUGUCCUUGUCUUAUAAUUUAUUUUAACUCUUCAAAUUAAAAAAUAGGUACCCUUGGUCAUUCACAAAAUGUACUGAAACCAAAUAUUUACAAUGUUUUAUUUAUAUAGGUGUUUGUUCAUUCCUGAGUUCCAUUGCAGUUCUUACCAUGAAGAAAGAAUUUCUAAACUUGGUGGUCCCAUGGAACCAAAGUUUCCAGAAAGACUACUGUGGCAUCUUUCACUUUAAGGUAAAGCCACCGUGGGCCCCGGAAUGACUUUCUGAAAACUACACUGAUGUUACAUCUGAUUUUUAUAGCAUAUAUUGAAAUGGCCAAUUAUUACACAGUAAAUGAUGGGAUAAGUGCAUUUUAAGAUGUUUCUUCCAUGCGCAUUACAGCUGAGCUCUAAGUUGGCUCCAUCAAAUGUGAGUGGCAUUAUAUAGGAUUACCUCAGUAUUCACUUACUGGUCAUACUAUAUUGCACCAUUGUAUUUCUUUGUUUUUUUUUGUCUUUGAGGUCAACUGUGUGUAUAACUUCAAAAAGAUUUGUGUACAUUGUGAGUGAAAAUGUGGAAUGGUUGUUAAAGGAAUAUAUAUCAGGCCUGCUUUGCUAAACAGCAGCCAGAGAAUGUUCAGUUAAAUGUCCCAGGGAGAGAUGUUAAGUUUGCAAUAUACAUUGCUGAUACUAUGCAAAACACGGUAUGGGUCUCUGGGGCAGAGUACUUGGAGAGCAGGAUGGGCCAGUGCUCCAACAGCACUAGUUGCUCUGUAACAGACCGGAUCUUGGAUUUAACCUAACCCCUUAAGACCGCAGCCAAAUGUACAAGUUGUGAUCAAAACAAAACGUAAACAAAACCUGGCAUUUGCGCUAUAUGUCUGUCCAACCGUAAUUCACCUCUUUCAUAUUAAAUGCACCCACACUUAUAUAUAUCAUUUUAUUCAGGGGAAACAGGGCUUUCAUUUAACAUCAAAUAUUUAGGUAUGCAACAUAAUGUAAUAUGAAUAAAAUAUAAAAAAAUGGGAGAAAAUAAGAGUUCUAUGUUGUCACGAUUCCGGAACCUAACACGCUAACAGGUCACAGAGAGGAAGGGUGCUAUACCGGUCCUUAGAGUGGCCAGGCUAAGCACACUAAGAAUGGUCAGGAGACAAGCCAAGUAAAGGGAGUCAGAAAACGGGAGAACGAGAAACAAGCCGAGGUCAAAGAAGUGGAGAAGACAGGAUAAUCGGAAAAACGAGCCAAAAAAUCGGAAACCAGAGAGCAACACGAGAGAACAGCAAUACAGGUAUCACAAGACCACAACAUGGCACUGAGGGACAGGAAAGGUAAGUAUAAAUACCCUUGGUUUAAUUCUGAUUGGAUAACUUCCAAUCAGAAUUAACAAUCACACGUGGGGGAUAUCUAUACCUCCCACUGUGAUUGUGGUACUGUUUCUUUAACGCCAGGUCACUCAUGUGACCACGGCGUUUGCAUAAUUUAGUGACCUCCCAGCGUGCAGCGUUAUACAUGCUGCCGCUGUGGGGCAUGGAGGACGCGAGCGGCAGAGAGGAGACGCCGGCCGCGGAUCCCUGACAUAUGUGACAUUUUAACUGUAAAUGUCAUAAUACUGUUUGCUUUUACUGCAAUAAAAUACACAUAUUUGUAUUCAUUGAUGUCUCAUGUGUAAAACAGUACCCCCUAUGUACAGGUUUUAUGGUGUUUUGGGAAAUUACAGGGUCAAAUAUAGCGUGUUACAUUUUUCAUUUUUUUCACAUUGAAAUUCGCCUUUGAGACCAUAUGGUAGCCCAGGAAUAAGUAUUACCCCCAUACACACUCCCAUAUAUUAUUUCAUUCUACAUGUAUUUUGAUAUAAAUAUAUAUAUUAAUUUUAAAAUACAGUUAGAACGAAAUUACACGUGUAUAUAUAUUUUUUAUUUAUUUUUUAUUUAAUCAAUAUCAUUGUACGUGUAUUUUGAUAUUAAUAUAAAUGUAAUUAUGUAUAUAUUAAUAUUAAAAUACACUUAGACAGUGUAUAUGUCCAUAAAUAUUGGGACAUCAACACAAUUCUAAUCUUUUUGGCUCUAUACACCACCACAAUGGAUUUGAAAUGAAAUGAACAAGAUGUGCUUUAACUGCAGACUUUCAGCUUUAAUUUGAGGAUAUAUUAAUGGGAGGCACAUAUACAAACUGUUGCAAUUCCUACACCGUUCACCUGAUUUGUAUGUAAAUACCCUCAAAUUAAAGCUGAAACUUAAAGCAAAUCUUGUUUGUUUCAUUUCAAACCCAUUGUGUUGGUGUAUCGAGCCAAUAAGAUUAGAAUUGUGUCAAUGUCCCAAUAUUUAUGGGCAUAUACACUGUCUAAGUGUAUUUUAAUAUUAAUAUAUACAUAAUUACAUAUAUAUUAAUAUCAAAAUCCACGUACAAUGAUAUUGAUUAAAUAAAAAAUAAAUAAAAAAUAUAUAUACAUGUGUAAUUUCGUUCUAACUGUACUCCUCCUACUUUCUUUUACAUUUUAAGAUGUAGUUUAAUACACAGAGAGAACAAGAGAGGAAAUAUUAGAAAUGGGCAAAGCCCAUAUCAAAAUUCCAAAAGGGUUACAGAGAUAUCAAGGGGCAUAACCCCACACAAUUAUUUAAAGAAAAAGAAAAGAGCUAAAGUGAAAUGGUUGUUCCAUUAGAGAUGGAAAAAUUGGACAUCCAUUACACAAAAAGAUAUCUCAUAAAAAUAGUAAAAUAAUUAUUGGGUAUAACCUUUAUUAAGCCGCAUAUAAACAAAAAACAAAAAAACUAUAAAGUGUAAUAAUAAUGAAAUACUUGUGAAACAAACAAGUGAGAUAAAAACUGGGUAGAUGCAGUGUGGAUACCCUCAAACGGUAAUGGAGUGGCUAAAGUCUCUUAGGCUUAAAUUUGCACUAGAGAGUAUAAUACAGAGUACAGAUUAUUACAAAGCCACUCCCUAUAUAUUGAUAAAUCCACACAAAUUGUCAUAGACUCUUAUAUAUUUUUAAGCAUACAGAUUAGAAUUAAAUCAAUAGUAUAGGAGCUCUUGAUAAAGGCGUGUGAUCGCGCCGAAACGCGCGUCGAGCGUUAGUCGUGUUUUAUUUUAAUACUGGGGGAUGCCGAUCUUAUGUUGGGGGAUCUAGUUUGAGUAUUUACUGGGUCUUCUCAGCUGUUACCAUCUUGUCAGGAGUAGCUAGUGGCAGCAGUAAGAGUUAGGAAUAGCGUCAUCUGAGAGACCAUCUAGUCAGCGACUCUUAGCGUUAGGCUGCCUUGAAGCAGCAGCCAACUGUUUAUACAGAAGUCUACUACAGUGUAUGCAGACGUGGACUCUCUACAUAGAUAUAGAAAUUUUAGUGGUUCUGAAGCACCAGUGUAUAGUCUAUAUAGGAGUUCAUUCUAGGGAAUGCAGAUGUGGAUAGGGUAUAUUAUCUAAGUGGUUUUUGUUCGUGGGAUGAAUUUUUCUGUUUGACGGCUGCCUCUAUAAAUUUGGGGUUUGAAUUUUUAACCCAUUUCAUUACUAAGAGACAACUGCACAUUAACCCCCCAGGUUCAACCCUAACCACCUAUUGAGCAUUCUAUUUAUCUAUAUAUACAUCUAUGUUUUAACUGGUGUAUUGAGACAUUGUCUCUAGUAUGGUUUCCAUCAAACUAAGUACUAUGUGUGCUCAUUUAUUAACCCUAUCUAUACUCCCAUAAGGAUACACUUGGAUACUAGUAACCAUAUAGUGUAUAUAUCUAUAUAAAGGCUGCUAUUUAUCUACUGACUAGACACCUUUUGCUUAACCUCCAACUGAGUAGCAAAGAUAAUCAUAUUCCCACUCAACCUCCCUCCAGACUCUCUUUUCUAUUUGCAACAAUUUAGAAUAACUUUAUACGAUAGACUUAUAUUCUAUGGAUACUAUUGAUUUAAUUCUAAUCUGUAUGCUUAAAGGACCACUAUAGUGCCAGGAAAACAAGUAUGUUUUCCUGGCACUAUAGUGCCCUGAGGGUGCCCCCACCCUCAGGGACCCCCUCCCGCCCGGCUCUGGAAAGGGGAAAGGGGUAAUAACUUACCUUUUUCCAGCUCUGGGCGGAGAGCCUAUCAAUAUAUAGGGAGUGGCUUGCUGUAAUCACAGUGCUGUGGCUGUCAAUGAGACAGCCACUAGAGGAUUAGGGGGAAGGCUUAACCCAUUCAUAAUUAUAGCAGUUUCUCUGAAACUGCUAUAAUUAUGAAAACAUGGGUUAACCCUAGAAGGACCUGGCCCCCAGACCACUUCAUUAAGCUGAAGUGGUCUGGGUGCCUAGAGUGGUCCUUUAAAAAUAUAUAAGAGUCUAUGACAAUUUGUGUGUAUUUAUCGAUAUAUAGGGAGUGGCUUUGUAAUAAUCUGUACUCUGUAUUAUACUCUCUAGUGCAAAUUUAAGCCUAAGAGACUUUAGCCACUCCAUUACCGUUUGAGGGUAUCCACACUGCAUCUACCCAGUUUUUAUCUCACUUGUUUGUUUCACAAGUAUUUCACUAUUAUUACACUUUAUAGUUUUUUUGUUUUUUGUUUAUAUGCGGCUUAAUAAAGGUUAUACCCAAUAAUUAUUUUACUAUUUUUAUGAGAUAUCUUUUUGUGUAAUGGAUGUCCAAUUUUUCCAUCUCUAAUGGAACAACCAUUUCACUUUAGCUCUUUUCUUUUUCUUUAGUUUAAUACACAACUGUCAUCAAAUUUUCAUUUUUAAAUAUUUAAUAAAAUUAAUUCAACUUAGUAAUGGUUUUUUAAUAUGACAUAAAUGGAUUUAUUUAUUUUUUUAAGAAAUGUUCACUUAUUAUCUGAGCAGCCAUAUUGUAUUAAACUCUACUGUUAUCUGACCAACUGCUGCUCAACCUAACUUGCCUGCUGCUCCGGUUUCACAUAGAACAAUCACAGCAGGCAGAUUGAGCAGCGGUUUGUCAGAUAACAGCCCAGCCCGAUAAAAAGAGGAUUUUUUUCUUUAAAAAAAUCAACACACAUCAUUUAAAAAACGAUAUAAUUAAGUUUAAUUAAAUGUAAUAAACGUUUAGAAAAUGACAAGUAAAAAUGUGACAGUUGUUCUUUAAGUACCAGUAUUCCAUUUCAAAUAUAGGCAGAUAUUCUUUGUGCUUGGCCCACAUUCCGCCCCCCCACCUUGUUUUGACUUGUGACUAUUUUUCUCCCAGUUCUGGCAGGAAGGAGAUUGGGUUGAAGUCGUUGUGGAUGACAGGCUGCCUGUGAAAUCAGGGACAAAGACAUUGUGGAGUGCGCACUCACAAUCUUCCAAUGAGUUUUGGAGUCCACUCUUAGAAAAGGCUUACGCUAAGUAAGUAAUAUCUCAUCCUGUGCUAUCUAAAUAAAAAAUGUAGGGAUACAAUGCAUCACUGAGAAAAAAAUAACACAUAGAUUGAUAAUAUACAGAUAGACAAAUAAAAACAAUUAUGGGUCAUGCACAUUUCAUGUUCAGGGGUGAAUAUAGAAGUGUUUGGCAAAUGUCCCUUACCUAUCCCUCCAUCACAUGCCCCAUGCUGAUUUUGUGUGAAGGGAACACUAUACCUGGUUGGACCUAGGGCUAGCUAUAAUUAGCAUGGGGGGCUACUAUAAACAAGUAUCUGGAUUUGGGCAGGGCUGGAUUAAGAUUGCCAAUGCUAUUCAGGAUGUAAGAUGUUGAGUAUAUCAAAUCUUCUUUAUUUCAUGUAUUUCCAUCAAAUUAUAUGUCUGUCUUUUUUUAUCCACCAUCAAGUUCUUGUUCCAUGCCUCUUCAUUUUCAAAUUCUCCUUGCUCAUUACUCUCACCCCUCCUAAUUUACCAUCCUUCUUAUUUCUCUUUGCAUUUUACUUCCAUAUACCCAUUCCUCUUCUUUCUAUUUGUUAUUUUUUUCACGUCAUUGUCCACUGCAUUGUCCAUUUUAGCAGCUCUGUCUGUGACCAUGAACCCAAAGUGCACAUUGGUGCCUGCCUGCUACCCCAACAAAUGUAUCAGCAUUUGUCAAAUUUCUUGCAAGAUGCAUUCGGGAGUGUGAUUUCCGUCCAUUACUUCAGCACGUAGCAGGAGAGAUCAGUAGCACUGCUACCCUAUAAAUCCACUCCCGGUCUGCCAUGCUACUAAGGUUGGACCUCCUUCAUUAUCACCAUACCAGGCACCGUGGGUUGCCAUCAGUGUGUCAACAAGGAGAGGAAGGCAUUAUGGCCAGUAGGAGCACUCCAUAAAUCUGCGAUCAAAAGCAAUGGCUGAGAUGUAGUCUUUGCCAGAUCCCCUUCAAUACUGCCAUGGAAGAAUGGUACAGUAAUAGGACUAGGUUCCUGCUGAAAGUGGAUUGCAAGGAAAUGAUAUAAUAUCGAGCAAUGGCCUAUAAAGGCUCCCCAUCUAUCAUGAAAAAGAAGCUCCCUACCACAGCGAUCAGCCGGGUAAUCAGACAGGUGGUUUCAUUGAGCAUGCAGUUUUGACACGGCCCUGGUAUAAAAUCCAACAUGAUUUUCAAAAGUGGUUUACUUUGUGUGUAAAGAUUGUCUCUGAUAGUUCCAACAAACUAGAUUCUGCUGAUUUCUCCCUUAGUUGCUUCUUGGUGAUCUAGAAGGACUAGGGCAUAGCACUGUAAAUUACACUGGUUUUCCUGAUGCCUUGCCUUGAUCAUAAAAGAGAGAAGGUAUAUCAAUUGCACUAGCUGUGGUAAAAGGAACUGCAGUGGGAGUGGAAGCAGAAGUGGAGCUGGUGGCCUUCUUCUUUGUAGCAGAAAAAAAACCUUCCUUGUACAUUAACGGUGAGGCUUUCUAUUUUAGCUUCAUAUCAUGCAGCUCUCUUUUCCUUUCAUUUCAUGCUGUUAUUUGAAAGGUGUACUAGUCCUACUGCUGCAAAAGUUACUUCAAGUUUGUGUUUGGGGGAGCCCUGCAUGCUAUACAUACAUAAGAGGGCUGCAGUGUGUGUGUGUGUGUGUGUUAGGGGUGCAGUGUAUGCAAUGUGUGUAUGUGUGUGAGAGGUGUAGUGUGCGUGAGAAGGGUGUAGUGUUGGGAAUGUAGUGUGUGCUAGGGGUGCAGUCUGUGUAUGAAGGGUACAAUGUGUGUGUGAGGUGUGUGUGUGAUUGGGGUACAGUGCAUGUGGGGGUGCAGUGUGUGUAUGAACGGUACAAUGUUUGUGUGUGUGUGAGAAGUGCAAUGUGUGUGUGUAUGUGUGUGAGGUGUAAUGUGUGUGAGAAGGAUGCAUUGUGUGUGUGUGAAAGGGGUGCAAUAUGUGUAAGGGAUGGUAUAGGGCAUGGGGGUUGGGAAACGUUGUGCCCUCUCCCUUCUUACCUUUUUCUCAGGGAGCAGGUACAUUACAAGUCCUGGUGGUUCAGUGGUGGUAACUCUAACCUGCAGUACCACCGGCUCCAUGCAGAGUUCACUCUUCUUGCAAGUUCCUCUGAGCAUUGCCAUAGUAACCUGUGGUAACUUCCCAGCUCGCGAUAGAAACUUUCAGCCUUCCAGCUCCUCCUCUUCCCUCAUUCUGAGUAUUAGUGCCUGUGAGCUGGUGAGGGAUAUAUUUGAUCUCCCCACAGGCCUGUGAAGGUACACGGCAAGGCUGGCAAUUGGAUAGUGUCAGUUUGAUCUCCCCUGGUGGCCUUGGUCAAAGGCCAGUCUGGGUCUGACGCUUGGAGUAAAGUGCCUCCAUGACAUACGCCACACAGUAUGAGCGUGUUUAAUGAUGUUGCCUGAAGACAGUUCUGUGGUGUCUGGAUGCAUUGAUAUCAAUAAUAUGACAUGCAAAAAAUUUAUGACCACACAACCAGAAAUCUUGCAUGAAGUGUAAUUGCAUGAAAGAUAAAAUAAAAAAAAAUUAAAAAAAACACAGAAAAGAGAACAUAGGUGGUAGUAUAUUGGUAUAUGGGGAAAAAAUCGAUAUUCUAUUCACAUUUAUUUGAGCAACUCCAUAAUUGUAGGCAUACAGCCAUACUACCUCUGUUUUAAUUGGGUUGUAUGUAUUCAUUUAUCCCUUUUAGAAAUACUGUCAACAACUUUAUACUCACUUACCUUCACCAUAGAAACAACAUCACUACCAUUCAUCUUUGGAUUUCUUAGAUGCUGUUUGACAUUUAUUUCCACAGGCUAGAAGGAUCGUAUAAAGCUAUCGGGGAGUAUCCAUCAAAUCGUCUCAUAGAUCUAACCGGUGGUGUAAUAGAGUUCUAUGAGCUAAAGAAUGCACCAGCUGAUUUGUUUCAGCUGCUCCAGAAAAGAACAAAUGCAUUGAUCGCCUCCAAUACUGUAAGUUUUACAAGAUUAUUUAUUCGUAAAUACCUCCUCACAAUUGAAAGAAAUUUUAAUGCAUAAAUUAUUGUCAUAUUUUUGUUAGAGACCCCUUAAAUAAGGUGGGACUACUCAACCGUUUCAUAGUAAAAACAAAAAAGGGAAAUGAAGGCACACCAGGAACAUGCAUUUCUCAGGAAUUGUGCUGCUGUAGACACCACAAUUUAUACAUAAUUCAGAUUAAGGAACAGCUGAAACACCAAAAUAUUUUUUUACAUUUUACAAGGCUACUUAAAAUUACCUAUCUCAGCAAACAAAUAUGGGGAUUCAGUUACACCAUAUGGCCAUCGUCUAGACUGUAAGCUCGUUUGAGCAGGGCCCUCAUCUACCCAUUGUUUCUGUGUCACUCUGUAAUUGUCUCAUUUAUUGUAAACUUCCCUUUUCAUAAUAUUGUAAAGCGCUGCAGAAUUAGUUGGCGCUUUAUAAAUACCAAUAAUAAUAAUGCCCACCACUACAUCACAGUACCACAAUAUUUGGGGGUCUGACACUAAUUCCAAUGCGUGAAACAAAUAAAUAGUGCUAGUGCUAAACAAGCUAAAGCAAUGGUUUAGAAACCAGUCAUCAUGGCCCACCAACAGUCCAGGGUUUGUCAGUAUUUCCAUUGGAAUAAAAAAAGGAAAUACAUAAAACCUGGAUUGUUGGUGGGACAUGAGGACUGGGUUGGGAACCACUGAGCUAAAGUGUAUUUUAAUAAUAUGUUGUAAGAGUAUUGUGAAUAUAUAUAAUGCAAAAUGAAUUUGAUAAAAAAUGCAAUUAAAAAAAAAUGCCGUGUCCAAAAUAAACAAAGUGGUGUUGAUAGACCCUCAUGACACACAUUUUUAAAGGGACACUCUAGACAACAUAAGUGGGCUUGGCUAACAUUCUCAAUCUCUCAGGAGUUUCACAAGAUUGAGUGAAAAAGAUUCAUAUUGUGAAUGGGGAGCUACUGAAGUUAAUAUCUUAGAAAACAAAUAUGGAGAUACAGCCAUAUAGUCUUUAGCCCACCACUACUUCACAGUACCCCAAUUUUGGUGGGUUCGACCCUAAUUUCAACAUGGGAGAUAAAAGAAAUAGUGCUAAAUAAGAUAAAGUGUAGUUAAAUAAUCUGCUGCGAGAGCAUUUUGAAUAUUUACAUCAAAGCAGGGAGAGCUCACAAAUCAGCUCACCUAGCCACCUGCCCCGAGGCUAACAAGGCAUUUGCCUGGGCAUUUGGGGGCAGCGUUUUUUGCCGCCCCCUGGAAAGUGCCACCCAAGGCAAAUGCCUUGUGGCCUCGCAGCAAAUACAGCGCUGGGGAGGGUAGGAUCCAUAGGCUGGGUUACUGUGGGGAAGGGACUUUGAUUACAGGGCCACUUUAAGUCAUCAUUUAGAGAAAGGUUAUGAAAGUAAACAAAUGCAGUUAAAAUAUGGUUAAUUUCGGAAGAAGGAAUAUAAACUCUUACCUUUCACUUAAGAGGUUUCUGCUCUGCUCCGGUCCUCCCUCCUCACCACCUGUUCCUUAGAUCAUAUUCUCUCAUAAUUUAUAUGCACUCUGUCUCUUGCUCUCCCUCUCACUAAAAAUUUAAAUCUUUCCCUUUCUUCUGGCAUAUUUCCUUCACCCUUCAAGCAUGCAACCGAAACCCAGAUUCUGAAAACGUCCAACCUUGACCCCACCUCCCUAUUAAACUACCACCCUAUCUCACUAGUGCCGUUUCCCUCCAAGAUCCUUGAGAGAGUUGUGUUUGCGAGCUUGACAGACUUCCUCGAAUCCACUUCAGUCUGGAUUCCGCGCUUGUCACUCUGUCAAAAUGGCUGUGACCAAAGUGUCCAACAAUUUAAUCUCUGCUAAAUCUUACGGCCAUUACUCUAUCCUAAUUCUCCUUGAUCUUUAAGCGGCUUUGGCACUGUUGGUCAUCAACAGCUUCUUCUCAUUCUCUGUAAUCUCACUUUAUAGGAUAUUGCUCUAUCCUGGUGCUCCUACCUCUCCCAGCGCUCUGUCAGUGUUUCUUUCUCUGGCUCUGCGUCUUCCUCCUAACCCCUCUCUAUUGGCAUUCCCCAAGAUUCUGUACUCUGUCACCUACUGUUCUCUAUCUAUACUGACUCCCUUGGCUUCCGUUAUCAUUUAUAUGCAGAUGACAUGAAAAUCUGCCUGUUCUCUUCUGAUCUGUCUCCGCCCAUCUUGACUCAUAUCAUCUUACUGCCUCUCUGCGAUUUCCAACUGGAAACCUGCUCAAUUCCUUAAACUCAACAAGUCCAAAACCGAACUUCUGGUCUUUCAUCCCUCAAGUGUUGCUACUGCCAUGUCUGUCUCCCUCCAAGUCAAUGGCGCUACUAUCACCUCUACCUCGCAGGCUCGCUGCCUACGUGUGCUGUUUGACUCUGACCUCUCCUUCUCACCUUCUCUCCAAAUCCUUCCAUCUUAAAAACAUAGCGCGUAUCUGCCCCUAUUUAACACCAGAUGCGGCUAAGGUGCUGGUCCAUAUCACUGUCUUCUCUCACUUUGACUACUGCAAUCCACUUCUCAGUGGUCUUAUGUGUUCCCAGAUUGCACAGUUGCAAUCUAUAAUGAAUGUGGAGGCAAGGCUUAUUUUUCUAUCUGCCCUCACCUCCCAUUCCUAUUCCCUCUGUCAGCCCCUACAUUGGCUUCCAGUAAGAUAUAGGGCUCAAUUUAAGAUUCUGGUGUUUGCUAACAAGUCCCUACAUAAUACUGCUUCAACCUACCUAUCCUCCCUAAUACACAAGUAUGUCCCGUCUAGGCCACUGUGCUCUGCAGAAGACCUCUGUCUGUACUCCCACCUCUGAUGUUCACAUUCAAGACUUUUCCAGGGCUGCACCUUUUCUGUGGAACUUCCUUUCCUUCUCCGUUAGACUUUCACCCAGUCUCCAUUUCUUAAAAAAUUCAUUGAAAACCUACUUCUUCAGAAAAGUGUAUCAAUUAAACUGUUAGCAGGUUUUCAUCCCCACAUCCUGACUCCUCUCCUGCAACUGUCAAAAAUAACCACCUAAGCCCUCAGAGAAAACUUUUCUAGCAACCUAUUUCAUUACCCCUUGAAACGGACCGUUUCAGCACACAAGGGGUUAAAAAUCGUUUAGGCGAUAUUACCCUUUUAAAUACACGAACAGCUGCUGCAAGCACCAAUCUCCCGAAUUGCAAACACAUGAAUACUCAAACUCCCGAACAGGAAACACACAAAUUCACCAACUCCCAAACCGGAAACACACAAAUUCACCAACUCCCGAACACACGAAUACUGUUAAACAGCCGAACAGGAAAAAACAUAUGAACAGCUUACACUCCUGGCAGUCGCACUGUAACAGCAUACAAUCCAAUUCCCCCCUAUAACGAGACGACACUUUGUUUGAGGGUCAAGCAGAAUCUGAUUUACUGGGGCUAACUGCCCGGCUUUUAUGCAGGUCUCCCACCUGGUGGACACUCCCCUAGGGGACCAGAUGGAAGACUGGGAAACAUAUUGGACAUUGACCAAUCACAAGCUUACAAUCCCACAAUGCAUCACAAUCCCUCCUCUCUGUCCUGGAGAUAAUUGGGAAGUAAUCCAAUUAUCUCCAAGGACAGAGGCAAAACUCCAUUAACCACAUGGCAGACAAAGGACAAUAAAAUACAUAAAAUUACAUACUGUUACAUUUAUCACAUAGAACAUACACAUUCUACCUAUCCCCAGAUAGCUUAGAUCUGAGCACCCAUUACUACCGGAUGAUGCUCAGAUCACAUACAUACAGUUCAAUCACCAUGGAGCCAAAGUCUUUGAUAUAGUCUUUCAGUAUACAGCUGGGCUCCAUGGCAUAACUCAAAAAAGUAAAAAAUACAAGAAAGGGCUGCGCUUAGAUAAAACUUUAAAUAAUACUGAAAGUCCAGAUAAAAUCAAUGGAUAAAAAGAGAAAGUCUUCGGUGGCAAUGUCCAUUGAAAUCGUAUUAUGUAAUGGUACUUGGUCCGAAACAGUAGUCUUGCUUAUUAUCUUCCUUAUGGACCGUCUCAUAUGCAAGAGACAAGAACAAAUACAGAGCCAAAAUAGUGUAGUAUAUCUUGAAUAAAAAAGUAAGUUGAAAUGUAAAACUUGAUUGCAAACUCACAUUUAAAAGAGCUAGAACCCGCUCUGGUAUAGAGGGCGUACAGCGGUUUAGAUCCCCGCUUGUAGGAUAGGGAAUGACUUUCCUUUGCGUACUUCCUCCUUCCGUAGUAUGAAAGACACUCGAAAUAAAAAGAGACAGCCAAUAGUGUUCUCUGCGUAAAACUUUGAAUAAAAUAUAUGAAAAUAAAAGUGGAUACUCACAAGACAGGAGCAGAUCAACUGCUCCUGGUAGUUCGCGUUGGUGGUAUAAUCCCCACCUAGGAUUGCUUGGAGUCCAGCGAAUAAAAAGGAAUGAUGCCAGGUAACAAUAAUAAAUAUAUGUGUAUAAAAAGAUAAAUGGUACAAUAAAAGGUUACCAAAUAUACAUUAAUAUUUAAAAUUACACAAUAUAAAAACCAUAAACGCGUUUCGCCAAUCGGCGUUAUCAAUAUGGGUAAAGAACCUGAUACCUGGCAGUGGAUCCUUUAAAUAACAUAUACAAACAUUCAAAAAUUGGCGCCAAAAUUUGGGCAGCCAAUCAGGAUUCAAGUAAGAAUACAUAUGUUAAAACAUAAUUAAAACAAGUUUGGUUAGAUACAUAUAAAACAAGAUUAAAAUAACUAUUUAGAAAAUCAAAUUUUAAAUUGAAAAUGAACUUUGCAUAAAAUAAAUAUAAUGAUGCACGGUCACAUGACCGGCAUCACAACCGAGGGGGGUGAUGGGACAUGUAGUAUGACGCCGGCAGGCACAGCGCAGCCGCCGGCGUCAUGAGAAGGGGCGGGCAACUGGCGUCAACUCGCAUAGGGGAUGCGGUCGAGAACACUAUUGGCUGUCUCUUUUUAUUCGAGUGUCUUUCAUACUACGGAAGGAGGAAGUACGCAAAGCAAAGUCAUUCCAUAUCCUACAAGCGGGGAUCUAAACCGCUGUACGCCCCAGAGCGGGUUCUAGCUCUUUUAAAAGUGAGUUUGCAAUCAAGUUUUACAUUUCAACUUCCUUUUUUAUUCAAAAUAUACUACACUAUUUUGGCUCUGUAUUUGUUCUUAUCUCUUGCAUAUGAGACGGUCCAUAAGGAAGAUAAUAAGCAAGACUACUGUUUCGGACCAAGUACCAUUACAUAAUACGAUUUCAACGGACAUUGCCAGAUAAGACUUUCUCUUUUUAUCCAUUGAUUUUAUCUGGACUUUCAGUAUUAUUUAAAAUUUUAUCUAAGCGCAGCCCUUUCUUGUAUUUUUUUACUUUUUUGAGUUAUGCCAUGGAGCCCAGCUGUAUACUGAAAGACUAUAUGAAAGACUUUGGCUCCGUGGUGAUUGAACUGUAUGUAUGUGAUCUGAGCACCAUCCGGUAGUAAUGGGUGCUCAGAUCUAAGCUAUCUGGGGAUAGGUAGAAUGUGUAUGUUCUAUGUGAUAAAUGUAGCAGUAUGUAAUUUUAUGUAUUUUAUUGUCCUUUGUCUGCCAUGUGGUUAAUGGAGUUUGCCUCUGUCCUUGGAGAUAAUUGGAUUACUUCCCAAUUAUCUCCAGGACAGAGAGGAGGGAUUGUGAUGCAUUGUGGGAUUGUAAGCUUGUGAUUGGCCAGAUAAGACUUUCUCUUUUUAUCCACUGAUUUUAUCUGGACUUUCAGUAUUAUUUAAAGUUUUAUCUAAGCGCAGCCCUUUCUUGUAUUUUUUACUUUUUUGUGUUUUGUCUUAAGGGUUCUUGAGGGAUUCCCUUAUAGGGUUGCUGCUAAUUUGUGUUAUUUAGCGCUCACUCAUUGUUCUGGUUUUAUUCCAUGGCAUAACUAUCUGGGGUAGCAUGGUUUAAACAGUAAAGUACCGAAUGGACCGGUGUUCGGAUAAUUGACUACAGGUAGGAGAAGGGAGGUCGGUGGCUCAGCGGUGUUCGUGACUUUAACAGUCCGCAGAAAGGUACGAACCAGCCUUUCUGCAGGGAAAAAGAACAGUGUUAAACAUGGGGCCAUAGUCUAAAGGGAGCAGGCGAGCAACCAGGCUCCUCCAGUGGCCAGUUGCGAGGCUGGUUCCGCCACACCCCUACUUUUACUCCUUUGUGUCACUAUACCCCUCUAGUAUGUAAGCUCAUUGAGUAGGGCCCUCUGUUCCUGUGCGUCCAACUUGUCUGGUUACAAUUCGUGUGUGUUAGUCCUCCCAUUGUACAGCGUUACUGAAUUUGUAAGCAUUAUAAAAAUAAUAAAAUAAUAAAUAAGACAGAAACAACUUGAUCAACUAUUCCAACAAGAUGAAUUACACAUCUCCCCUAGAUACAGAAGUGCAUAUUGUAACGGCUACCCAGGUAGUAAGGGGGUAUCAGCCGUUGGAGACGUCCUUUUCCUGGCAAGCUGCUGUAUAGUAAUGGAGUUACUUAUUCCCAUCCACAAGAUCCAAGAGUAGAGUCAUGCAUAGCUGUCAAAAGGAGCAAGGUAUUUGUGCAGUAAAUCCCCUUCCAAGAACGAGACAAGGCUCCGUUUUGAAGGGUCAAGCAGAACUGGGUUUUAUUGAUAAGGAUUCUCCUUUUAUGCAAUUCUGCCCUUGGGAGGACGACACCUACAUAAUUAGUACAGUAACCAAUAACAAACAUGGUACAUCCCACACGUCUCCUCCCCUCAGAUAAACAGUUAACAUAAUUAACACACACACAUUUUUACCCUAGUUUUGGAUGUACCACAAAUACUUGGGGUACACCCUUAAAUCUAGUAUCCCCAGAUAGCCCUCAUCUAGGGGAACAACAUAUUAUAAAAUCAUCCCAUUCGGUUAAAGUGUUCGGGAGUUAUGGGACUUUAAAGUUUUGACCGACCGCAUAGGCACACUAGCCGAAAAUAGUUCCAUAAGUUUUGACCUUGCGGUCGGUCCUCGUUCGUGUGGUGAAAAGGCACGAAAAUCCUGCCAUCCAUGCAUAUCCUGCUGGUCGCUGAAAUCCCUGUAUGUAGUAUAUCCUAUCCACCGAACGGCAGGGCGUUCAGUAGUUUUAGCAUGAAUUUACGGUGUUAUGGAGGUUUCAGCGGUGUUCGCCUACUCGAUUUUAUUCCAGACACUCGACGGCAAUUCACAGCUGUUCGUGCGUUAAGAUGGCCACAAACACGUGCAAAAGUCCCAAAAUGGCGGCCACCUAGGAUCUGAAACAAAGGAUUUGUGCAUUUCUCACAUGAAUGGUAAAUGCCGGCCUGGGAGAUAAAAUACCACAUAAUUGAAUAGCAGGGUGGCCCGGUGUUCGGUAGUUUGUAUUCGUAUUUGUGCCUGCUGAGUCCCUACCGCAUGGAUCGCACAAAUAGACGAAUACUGGCAACAAAAGUCCCGAACUGUGCUACAAUAAUCCACAUAAACCAGGUAAGCAUAUUCCCUUGUAUCUUUAGUCUCGGUUAGUGCUAAAUAUUUCCAGGCAAAGGGUAAAGUUCUGUUACAAAUAUUUUUCUUUUAUUUGAGAAUUGCAUCGUCAGUAUUUUCUUACAGGGUAUACCGGAAAGUCCAAAUGGCCCCAUACCAAAAGGGCAAACCAAUACCAUAUGGGGCCAUUUGGACUGAAAUAUUCAAACAUUGUUCACAUUAUUUAACAAUGUCCAGAUUUUGCAAGGUAGACCCAAAUGAGCUUGAAUUUUGUCUGAAUUUCAGACAAACUAAAAGUUUAAAACUAGUAACUGGGAAGUCAUUAAAGGACCACUAUAGGCACCCAGACCACUUCAGCUUAAUGAAGUGGUCUGGGUGCCAGGUCCAGCUAGGGUUAACCUUUUUUUCUAUAAACCUAGCAGUUUCAGAGAAACGUCUCAUUGACAGCCACUAGAGGGCUUCUGCGCUUCUCACUGUGAAAAUCAGAGUGAGAAGACGCCAUCGUCUAUAGGAAAGCAUUGUGAAUGCUUUCCUAUGGACUGGCUGAAUGCGCGCGCGGCACAUGCCGCGCAUGCGCAUUCAGCCGAUGACAACGAGAAGGAGGAGGAGAGGAGGAGAGUCCCCUGCCUGGUGCUGGAGAAAGAGUUAAAUUUAACCCCUUCCUCACCCUAGAGCCCGGCAGGAGGGGGCCCUGAGGGUGGGGGCAACCGGCAGGAGGGGGCCCUGAGGGUGGGGGCAAGGGGUUAUGCAUAAAAGCUAUGUGUGGCACAAUAAAAUCACAUUAUUCUCCCAGAGCUGUGUCUCAUCGAGUUACUGUCAGCGGUUCCAGAGUGGCUGAGGGAAGGAAUUAGCAGAUGUAACUGGUCUGGGUUACCCAGAGUCCGCUACACAGUAUACAUGCUUCCUCCUGCCACAUGGCAGGUGGGGUGAAAGGCAGGUUUAAUAGUGGCAAAACGAGUAUGUUUUCCUGGCACUAUAGUGGUCCUUUAAGCUUUAAAGGGGGAUUCAAAACAAGUAAUAAAAUUAAUAAAAUAAGGACGUCCCUCUGCCUCCACCAGUGACAAGCGGGUGGGGGCUAUUAUAAUAUUAGUAGGGCCUAGUGUUCCCUCUCUGGCCUGCACCCAUUGGUGGUGGUCCUAAUCCUAAUAGUCAGGGGUGAUGACCUAGUGACCCACGAGAGCCCCACCAGUGAGCGACGUGUGAGAGCUUUAAUUGAUUAAACACUGGACAGGUGGGUCGACAUGCCAGCCACCAGUUUUAAACUUUCAGUAUGUAGCAGAACCACUGCUUAGUUAUAUGUUUCCCCUUGUAUUGUGUGUUUUCCCCUGUAUUUCGUGUUCUGUGCCUUGUUCUCCUGCUUGAGAGCGACCAUAUGAACAGAACCCAUUUGUCUUCCGAUCGAUGACCACCCCGGUGCCCCAUUAGAAUGUUCACCCCAAUUUAUUAGAACGUUCACACCCAUAACAUAAGUGCAAAACCGCAAGGGAGGUAAUUAAUGAGUGCUCCCCUGGGUGGCCGCCAUUUCUUACAGACGAACACCAACCAGAGGGAGCAUUCAUAUCCCGAAAGGAGACGGAAAUGUAUGGUGUGGGAUUAUAAGGGUUGGGGGGACACUUUUGGGGCACUGGCUAGUUUGGUGGGCUUUCUGUGCCUGGGAGACAAAGACUAGGUGCCUUUUCCCGCGCCCGGACUCCCAGGCACAGAGGAUCCUGGAAUGAAGACCCCUGUCGUUUGGUGUGGGAGACCCCUUGUAUGUAGUGCGGGCUUUCUGUACCUGGGAGACAAAGUGACUAGGUCCCUUUUCCCGUGCCUGGGUUCCCAGGGACAGAGGAUCCUGGGAUAGAAACUCCUGUGUAUCUGUGUGGAAGACCCGUUGCAAGGGGUUAUGCAUAAAAGCUAUGUGUGGCACAAUAAAAUCACGUUAUUCUCCCAGAGCUGUGUCUCAUCGAGUUACUGUCAGGAAUGGGUGUCUUUACAUUGUAAGCGGUUCCAGAGUGGCUGAGGGAAGGAAUUAGCAGAUGUAACUGGUCUGGGUUACCCAGAGUCCGCUACACAGUAUACAUGCUUCCUCCUGCCACACGGCAGGUGGGGUGAAAGGCAGGUUUAAAAUCUCCCUUGUAGUAAUAUGAAGGGCUUACUGACUGUGAUAGACUUUUUAUUAAUUUAUUUUAACUUGCUAGCCAGGCACCACAUAAUUAAUCCUUGCAAAGCAAAGGGUUAUUUAACUAUUUGUCUGCUGGCUUCUAGGUCUGCUAGCCGACACAUGGUCCUUCAAAUUAUGAUUAUCUAAAAUCUGUUUAAUUGCACUAGGCUCCUUUUGAUGUUCAAUUACUGUAUAUUGCGAUGUAACCUUAUAGGUGCCCAUGUAAAAGUCUCUUUCCAAUGUAAUCCUUUAAUCUCUUUAAUUACUUGUGCAGAGUUUUUUACAUAAGAAGGUGAUUUGAUCACAUAUUUCUGUAGAUACAAGUCUACAUACUCUGAUAUAUUACUUUUUGAGGGACCCAAACCCACAAAUAAUGUGUCUUCCUGGUGGGUUUACCAAAUUUGUAUGAACUUUGGGCAGGUGAUAAAAAACAGCAAUUCUAGAGACUUUGACAAAAAGAUAAUCAGAUUCAGCCUUCGUAAUGAUUUGCUUAUUAAAAGUUAAUAGUUAAUAUUAACUUUAUUUAUAUUUAAUAGUUGUAAUAAUUGUUGCUUAGAAGCUUUAAUUAGAUUUUCUUUUAACAUACUAUAUGUGAUUCUAUCUCCUAAAAUUCUAAAAGCUUAAUUUAAGUACAUUGAUCUAUCCAUUAUUACUAUCCCUCCACCAUUAUCCGCUUGUUUUAUUACAACGUUAUAUGUUUCCCUGAGAUUCAUAAUAGUGGUUUUUUAUGCUUUGGAUAACAUUUCAUCCUUUAUUUUCUCGAAAUCAUUUAAAACCAUUUUCCAAAACACUGGGAAUAUUCUCCUCUAUCCCACGUGGGAAAAAUUUUCUAUUUAGGUUUCAGUCCAGAGUGUAUUAUAUUUGGUCAUCAAUUCUUUCUUUAGGGAUCAAAUUAAAACCUUUUUUAAUCAUAAGGUCAUAGUUAUUUUCCUUUCAAAAAAUAUUUUUACCGUUCAUUUACUAUGAAAUUUCUGUAUAUCGAUAAAUAAUUUGAAAUUAAUAGGACCUUUUUGUGGAGGGAAUUUAAGUCCUUUCCUUAAUACUUUUCAUUGUUCUUGUGUAAGGUCAUGUUUCGAAAGAUUAAAAAUGCCUUUAACUUUAUUCUCCUUACUUCUUAGUGCUGAGUUUCUACCCCCUGAAAGUCCUCCUGUCUUCCCUCAAGGUUUUGAAGUUUUCUUCUUUUAAAUGGGGUCUGUAUCUCCAAUGGUGCAUUUCUGGUUUUGUGUAUCCAAGGGUUCUCUUUUUCGGGUCAGCUCAUUCCUAAUUAUCUUUUGCCUAAAAAAAACUUCUGGAUGUGUCUUGUUGUUAUUAUUAUUAUUAUUAUUAUUAUUAUUAUUUAUAUAGGGCCAUCACAUUCCGUAGUGCUGUACAAUGGGUGGACUAACAGACAUGUCAUUGUAACCAGACAACUGCACGUACAGGAACAGAGAGGUGGAGGGCCCUGCUCAAUGAGCUUACAUUCUAGCGGGAGUGGGGUAUAGUAACACAAAGGGUAAAAGUAUGGGUACGAAGAAAGUUGUUAGAAAAGUAUUCACUGAGGGCUUAGUAGGUAAUUUAUGACAGUUGCAGGAGAGGAGUAAUGGAGGGUGGGGGAUAAAAACCUGCUAACAGUUUAAUUGGUAUGCUUUCUUGAAGAAGUGAGUUUUCAAUGAUUUUUUGAAUGAGUUGAGACUGGGUGAAAUUCUUACGGAGAAGGGAAGGGAGUUCCACAGAAGAGGUGCAGCCCUGGAAAAGUCUUGGAGGCAAGCUUUAGAGGUGGGAGCAUGGACAGAAGAUAUACGUAGGUCUUUGGCAGAGCAUAGGGGCCUCGACGGGACAUACUUGUGUAUUAGGGAGUGUGACGAGAGCAAUCUCGCCACAUUGCAUUGGAGAAGCCUGGUUGCUCGCCUGCUGCCUUUGGAUUAUGGCCCCAUGUUAAAAGACCUUGUUUCCCCUGCAGAAAAGACUUAUUUGUGCUUUUCUGCCCGGUGUUCGGUAGAUUCAAUCUACCGAACAACCGCACGAAUGACUAGGCCACCUGGGAGCUGGAGUGUGCCGGCAAUUAGCCUCCCAGAAGCUGUGGUUAACCGCAGCUUAAUUGACGAAUACUGGGUGGCCGCCAUUCGUAUACCGAACAUGAGGUUGCGGCCAUUUUAAACAUGCGAACGCACAGUGGUGAUCGACGCCUAACUUAUGGAACUAAAAACGGACACAGUUUGGCGCGAACACCGCUGAAGCCGCCAACCUCCCUUCUUGUUCGGUGGAAGUACACGAACGACCCCAUAUUCGGUAGUUGUACCUGACUGCACUAUACCCAAGAUAGGAAUCCCAUGGAGCUCAUUCGUAUGAGAACUGACUUUGUGAAGACUUUGGGUCCAUGGCGAUUAAAUUGUAUUCGUGUGGUCUGAGCGCCAUUCGCUUAAUAAUGUGCGCUCAGACCUGAGCUAUCUGGGGAUAUGUUAAAUGUAUAUCUUUACUGUAACUGUUCCAACAUAGUGUAUUUUAACAGUAAUUCCUGUAUUGGUAUCCCCACGUGCAUAACGGCGAUUUGCCUUUGUCCUGGGAGAUAAUUGAAUUACUUCUCAAUUAUCUCCAGGGCAGAGGGGAGGAAGCCAGGAUGCAAUGUGUGAAUAUAAUGUGACUGUGUGUCCUAUUUUGCUGAUUGUCUGUCUUUUGUCACAGUCUCCCAUUUGGUCCCCUACGGGAGUGUCCACCAGGUGGGAGACCUGCAUAAAUACUGGGCAGAUAGCCCUCAUUAAACAGACAACUGCUUGACCCUCAACACGGAGCUCUGUCUCGUCUUUGGGGGGAUUUACUGAACGCUGAUAGAGACUGAUUGCUAGGAGUGUAAGCCGCUUGGGUGCUUUUCCUAGCAGCGAUUCGUAUGGUUCCAGUUCGUGUGUUUGGAGUGCUAUAUUGUAUGCCGUUCGGGAGAUUCGAGCAUUCCCUUAUUUGCGGUUCGGGAGUUCGGUGUUCUACAGUAGCUGUGCCUGUAUCUCUGGAAAGGGGACGAUCGCCUAAACGGUUUUUACCCCUUGUGUGCAAAACGGUCCAUUACAGGGAGGAUAGAUUGGUUGGAGUAGGAUUAUGUAGGGACUUGUAAGCAAGCACCAGAAUUUUAAAUUGAGCCCUAUAUGUAACUGGAAGCCAAUCCAGGGACUGACAGAGCGGGGAGGCAUGAGAGGUGCGAGCGGACAGGAAAAUGAGCCUCGCCGCCGCAUUCAUUAUAGAUUGUUCCUUUGAUAUUCUGGUAUCUUAUUAAAUUAUAUUAUUUUUAUUACACAAACCUCAUAUUUUAUAUUCUUUCAUUCCAUAGGUAUUCUAACAUUCAUUUUCUUUUUCUCUGUGGUAUUACCAUAUUGGUUCCUGUGCAGUCCUUUUCUAUUCUAUCUUCUUCUGUUAGGUGUAUUUAAAUUAUUAUUUGUAGAAUAUUUGGCACUGAAAAUCUUUUUAGGUCUUUGAUGAUUCUUAUUCCAUUCUCGUUUUCUACCACUUUGGAAAUCGUCCUUCUUUAUUAAUAAUAACCAUCUUUCCAUUUUCUCUAUUUUCCCCUUAAGUUUUAAAUUGUGUUCUUUUAUGGAUUCUUCACUUAUUUCUUGAUUAAUAUCAGCUUUCAGUUAAUAAAUUUCUUUUUGUUUCUCAUUCUGAGUUUUUUUGUUGAUAUUCCACUAAAAGUCUUAUUAUUUGGAAGGAGCAGUUGUCUAAGGAUUGAUUUCAUCUAGACAUGAAGACUUGGUCCUCAUGUCCAUGUGCAGAUUGUUUAUUCAAACCGAGACCUCUGGGUAUUAUACCCAUCUUUAGAUAUUGUUUAAAAUAUUUGAAAACCCACCACUUUCUUACUUCUUUUUCUGCUAAUCUAUCUAAUUUAUUAAAAGCAAAUGUGCUAUUAAACCUUGAAUCUUAACCUCCAUCUAUGUAUAAUGUUUCCAUUCUUUUAGCUCAGGCUUCUCGAAUCGAUGUAGUCAUAAGCCUGCAGUAUGCCUUACUGUGUUAACCUCUACCACUUCAGCUGGAAGGCUAUUCCAUGCAUCCACUACCCUCUCAAUAUACCCACAGUGUCAGCUAGAGUAGUGGAUAUUAAGUAUAAAAUAUACUUAUUUUGAAAUCAAAAUAAACAAUCUCCCAAAAGACAACCUUAUUACAAAGUAUAUAGAAAAGCCAAAGCAUAUGGGAUACGGCUGUAUAGAUCUAAAAAAGGAACAUAAACACAAGAGGUUAAAAACCGUUCAGGCGAUAUUCCCCUUUCAGAUGCACAGACAGCUACUGCAAGCACCCAUCUCCCGAACUGCAAACUACACGAAUUCUCCAACUCCUGAACAGGAAACUCACGAAUACUGGAAACAGCUGAACAGGAAAAGCAUACAAUCAGCUUACACUCCUGGCAAUCAAACUGGAACAGCAUACAAUAAAUCCUUCCCCCAAUAAUGAGACGACACUUCACUUUGAGGGUUAAAACAGGAACUCCCUGUACUGUCACAUACAGUCUCUUUUAUUCCCAAUCCACAAACCUAGUACAGCCCACAGGGCGUUACAAAACAACCAAUCAAUCCGUACAAUACACCCAGACACUCCCAAAUAUACACAAAAUAAGAUAUAAUGAAGUUCAGUUACUUUUACAAUGUGUAUGACAGGGGAUAGUGACUGCCAGUCUCUCAGUAAUGCAGUCUACUCUGGUGUGAAGGUGGAAUUGUUUUUACAACAUCCAAACAGCCACACUUAUGUAGUGUUUUCUUUAGCUUAUGUACAUAUAUUAACUGCAUUUUUUGGAAGUGGACAGAAUUCACAGGUGCGGGGUGCAAUUAUCGAUAACAGGGUAUGUCAUUGGAGAAGAUACGUUAGCCUUACCCUUUUGUCCCCUGCAGCUAUGCUAGUUGCCUCUGAAUCAGUUCUUUACUUGACAAGUUAUCUCAAUCCCUAAAAAGCUAUCAAUAGCUUUGUGACUCCCUAAUCCUGCGUUCACUCAACACUCCAUAACUCUUUCAUGUCCAUAGCUUCUAGAGUCGGGUAUUGGGUUAUACCAUUGCACACAUGAUAAUUUAAUUACCAUGACUGCUUUUCUCUUGUGUUACUCUUGUACAUAGUUACCUUAUUUUAUUUGAAUCUAUCAUCCCUGAAUUGUGAGGGCUUUCAGACAGAGCUUCCACAGAACCAUGUACAUGUGGAUGGCUGUCUGCUGUAGUAAUUCAAUUUAGGAAGCACGCAGUCCCAUAGACUGCUCUCAGUGAUGUAUGCUGUCAUACACAUUGUAAAAGUAACCGAACUUCAUUAUAUCUUAUUUUGUGUAUAUUUGGGGUGGAUAUGCCAAAAUUGUACUUUGUGUUAUAGCCUUGACAGCUUAUAUAUGUAGUGGUGUGAUUGUUAUACUGUCUAUGGUUCCAUGUCUCUGGUACAGGUUUUGAGUGCUGGAGAUGCUGAAACAUGCACCCCACUUUGGACUGGCUGAGGGUAAAACCAGACGCUUUGUACAUAUGUUUUUCUCCCUUUUCUUUUACUUCUUAAUUUAUAAUUUUUCUUUCCUACUUCCCUUCUGUGGAUCCGCUGGACAGAGACAGCUCUUAAAUUAGGUGGCACCUCUCUCGCAGCUGGACAGGUCUUCUGUUAGUUCCCCAUACUAUAUCAGACAUGACGAUGAAUAUCAUUCUUAACAUCAAAGGCCUAAAUGCACCCAAGAAAGGGCUAUUAUGUUUAAACCCAGACAUAGUUUUUCUACAGGAGAUGUAUCUCCCUACACAGAUACCUCUGAAGAACCAUAACUAUCACUUGACAUAUGAAGCUAAAGUCCACCAGAAGCGUAAUGGAGUAGCCAUUCUAGUACACAGUCUCUGACCACUGUGAAUAACUGCGAAUAACUAUCUUGUGAAUACCUGGAUGUCCAGCCAUCCUGGCAUCAUGCAUAAGAAAAAGGACAUGUUCUCUAUAAUCUUGAGGAACGUUGAGUUUAGAGGGGGGUAUAGGCAAAGAUGUCUGAUCCUGAAGAUUCUCUAGAGUUUAUUAGGGUCGAACUGAUUACUAAUUUAGUUGUGUCUAAUAUGCAUACAGUAGGUAUUAUUGGUGAUAAUUGUGGUUCUGUUAUAGAUUGGGUUUUAAAGUGACGGAAUAGAUCAUCAGCCUUAGUGUUCUUCGACCCGGUUUGUACGUCACCUUAUAAUUAAAACGUGAUAGAAACAAGGACCACCGGUGUAGUAGAACCCUGUAAUACAUGUUGCCAUUCCUUCAGAGCAGUGAUUAUUGCCAACAACUCCCUAUCUCCUAUGUCCUAUCAUUUUUCCGUUUCGGUUCAAUCUUUUGGAAUAGAAGCCGCAAGGAUGCAGGGGUAAGUCAUCCAAUGGUCUUUGAGAUAAAACAGCCCCCACACAGGCGACUUCCAACAAAAACAGACGAGUAGAGUCAGUAUGAGCCAAUAUGGGUGCUGAAGCGAAUGCCGUGUUUAGGGUGUCAAAAGCAGCAUUGGCCUCUGGGAUCGAUUGUUGGUAUGUCUUCCCUUUUUUGGUCAAGGACGUGAUGGGUGCCGUAAUAGAAGAAAACCCUUUUAUGAAUCUCCUAUAAUAGUUGGAACAUCCCAAGGAGUGUUGUAUGGCUUUCAAACCAACAGGUAGGGACCAAUUGAGUAUAGCCUCAAGCUUAUUUGGGUCUCUGAAACCCUGAACCUGAGAUGAAAUACUCUAAAAAGUAAACCUCUCUCUUGUCAAAUAAGCACAUCUCCAGUUUACAGUGCAAUCCGUUCUACAAUAACUUGGAUAGGAUUUCUUUAACGUGGUCAUGGUGCAUCUCCAUGUUCUUUGACUAUUUAUGGGUGUUGUCCAUGUAAACAAUUCCAAAUUCAUGUAAGUAGUCCCUCAGUACAUCCUUCAUGCAGCAAUACAGUAAGUAAGGUAAGUAAAACUUGUUUUAAUGGAUACAGAAUAGGUGUCAAUAAUUCAUUUAGUUAGUAUAGCACUCUAACGUUUCAAAUAUGUUUGCAUUCCUAAUGUUCCUUUAAUACAUCAUAUCUGGUGCCCACAUCCAUUACUUUGGCUAACGAAACAGAAAGGUAAAGGAUAUCAUAAGAAAAAAAGGCACAGGGAAUACAAUCACUGUUGUCAAAUCACUUUAGUUGUUUGAAAUAAUUUAUAUCUACCAUGUAUCUCUGUUGACAGGAUAAAGAAAACAAAGAAAUGGGUUUGUUUGCCCCCCACACAUAUUCUGUAAUUGACGUGCAAGAGGUAAGUAAACACUAUGACAGAUCAUCAGGCAAAAAUUUUCCAAUAGAGAAUAUCAACACUAACAUUGUUUAUUUUACUAUUUUCUUUAGAUAACUCACCUUGAUAAGAAUGUUCAGCUGAUCAAAUUGAGAAAUCCUCAUGGAGCUGGAGAAUGGAAAGGAGCUUGGAGAGAUACGUACGUCUUUGGCUAUGCCUCCAACAUGUUAUUAAAGAUUAUUUUGGAAAAACAUCAGGAUUUAGAUCCAGUUCCUUUGAAAUUGUGAAGGAAAACAAAAAAAAAUGAUACAGGGUUAUAAAUAUUUACUAAAGUGAGAAUUGUUGGGAAUUCAACGUGAAUUUCAAAUUGUGGGCACAAAUUGCUGACCUUAAAAGGACCAUUAAAGUCAUUUAGACAAUUCAUCAAAGUGAAGUGGUCUGGGUGCAGGGGUCCUGCCAUUUUAAUCCUUUAAUGUAAAAAAGUGCAGUUUACAUUGUAGGGUUAAAAACACCCUGCCUUGUUUAGAGUCACUAAAGGCAAUUCCUUCUCCCAAAACUAGUGCAAAUUGGUCCUGGAAUCAAAUGCUGCUUAUAACAGCAUUUGAUUGGAGCGCAGCACGGCAGGGCAUAGAGGAGAUUGUGUACGAUAUCAGCAGGUAUGGUGACAUCUUCGAAGGUGGAGCAGGCUGCUGCAGUGAAAGACUCUCAACACUAAAAAAGUAAUAAUCAUUAUUUAACCGAGUUGUUUUUUUCUAAAGCAAAGAGGGGGAAAGGGGGAUGGAGGUUUGGCUGGCAUUUCAAUGCAAGGAUGUGUUUGCGUGUAGUACACACACACCAGCAUAGAUACACAUAGACAUUGACACGCAUAUAUACACUGGAUACCUGUUUGUGUUUGCCAGGCUGGGACACAGCCUGGUGACGUCCUCCAUGUGGAGGGGGACUGUCCUCAUGGUCCUUCCUCUCUCUUCAGCGGUUUGGAUGCUGUCCGCUGUAGCUCCAGCUUUUUUUUUUUUAAUGUGGUGCGUGCACGCCGACAUCACAACGCUAAUGAUGUCAUGGUCCGCUAAAACUUUUAAAUUCGAAAGUAUUGGGGGCUUGGUAACAAAUAUAAGGAGCCACAAUAUAAAGGUUCCUACAGCAUAGGUCAUUGCCCAGUUGUGGUUCAAGUUUUGUCAUCAAUAGCGCGUUAUUAUUAUUGUGUAAUAUUCUGGUUCUGACUUUGGCUUUGUUUGACUAUUCUACCUUCUAUACUCCUUUGGCUCAGCUAUUGUGAUAUUACUAUUCCUGAUUUUUGGCUUCCCUAACUACAGCUUAUCCCUGACUAUUAUCAAGUGAAAAUUUACAUAUUUUUUGGGGACCCAAAACGUUUCCAUGCAUUUUGGGUGCAGGAGGAUGGCUCCUCUGGGGUCAAAUGAGAUCUUACAUCUAAUGGCCAUUGGAGUGGAACCUCCAUUUAUAUAAAAAUGCACAGGGAUUUGGAAUAAUGACCAAUUAACUUUUUUUUUUCUUUUUUUUUUAUGGUAUUUAUUAAAGAUGAUGUAUACUGUGUUCAUUGCUUCUGCCCAUGAGUAGUGGGAGUUUGAGAGUAGAACUUAUUUUUGUGUCCAGUGAGAUCUGGCUGAGGCUGAUAGUAGCGUGGGGCUGGUCAAGUCUUUAUUGUUCCUUUCUCUGCAUCAUCCUAGACUUCCCCACAAGGCUCUCUGUAAACUGUGUGUAAAUGACAUGAACGCACUUGCUCCCAGCACAGGGGACCAUCGGGCUGUUAAAUGUCCACACUGCCCAACCAAGCCCCUCAUUAUAUUUUCCCAUCAGGUGGCCCUAAAUAACCCCCCACCCCCAUCACACCCCAAGUUGUGUGACCUGUUGCAGCUGGCGUCCGGCGCGGCAGCGGAGACCGCCGCAACGCUUGAGCCCAGGUCCCGCGGUUUUGGAGGGUGCCAUGGCCAGCCAUGUGAGUGCUGGGACCGCCACUGGAGGCAUUGGUCCCGCCGGCUGCUACAUGUGCCUGGCGGCAGGGGCAGAGCUUGGGCUCAGUGGCAAGCCCAUCACUGCCAGGCAGCGCAGCUCCGGGAUCAGUGGGAGCCGCGCUUGGAUUAUGGUCCGCCGCAGUCAGCGGGAUAGGCCUAGGAAGUGUGCCGGGCGCAGGGGGACCAUGGAGACCAGGCGCCUCCUGGUGGUCGGGAGAAGAAUCGGGCGGAGACAGGAGCCGGUGCAACACAGGCCCGACAGUGUGCAGGCAAUUGGGAGUUUUCAGACGGUUGCAGCAGGCCCCAGUGAUUUAAUGGUGUACUGCUGGGGGGCAUAGCAGGCCUGCCAGGGUUUUUCCCCCUUCCUGGCCUGGUGCCAGGACGGAUGGUGGAGCCAUGGGCCCCUUGGGAACAGGGGGUGCCACUGGGGUUGUCAUCAGUCCCCCUCCUUUGCUUAUCCAGGGCCCCUUGGUUCCACAGGGUCUUGGGGGUGCUGCUGGGCCUUCCCGUGGGUGAGUUGAGGCUAGGGGCACAUCCUGGGAUCAGAGGGAAGCCCUCGGGGGUUGGACAGGGGCCCAAGAGAUGGUGGCACUUGAUGGCAGCGGGGUGGCUUCCGGGGAUGGGCCAUAGGCUCCUUCUCAUCAGGUGUCCCCUGGGGUGGGUGCACAGGUUACCCUCUUGGGCAGUCCUGGUCAGGAGUUCGUACGUCAAGGUCAGGCAGCUAGGGCCGAUGUUGCCUUGGCCCAGGCUAGUGGGCAGCAAGUGGAUCAGUCAGACCACAACUUGGAAGGCGCAGGGCCCGCUGGUAGGAGAUGACGCAAGCAGGUGGACCGCUAUGGCUAGGGGUCCUGGGGCAGAGGGUCGUAGUAAUCACACAGGGUCGCGCACGGUGCCAGGAAGGUCGCGGAGUAGCAGAUCCCUGGGUGCCAUUCUGAUGCGCGCGUCGAGUCCGGCUGCUGGCAUUGAGCAGGUCAUGUCAGGGCCCUAGGGCAGUGUCCCCAGGGGUGUUAGUUACACGACCGGGGUGGCAUCAGAUGCUAGCGGUUCCUCUGGGGAGCACUCGUGGCUUCUAUCUGUGGAUCUAGGUGCAGGUCGGCCCAGGAGUGGAGCAGGAGUCCCAGGAGUAAGGCCAGCGGGGCCUCGGGGACUCAUAAUAAGUGGCGGGGUCAGGACCCCAGGAGGAGGUCAUGGAGUGCCUGGUGAUGCGGGGGUAUGGAGAGCACGGAACAGUACAACCAGUCCAGGCAUUCUUCUUCUUGUUCCAGGUUUGGCAGUGGAUUACCUUCUGUAUAUUCCCGGCAUCAGGUGGAUUCCCUGGUUGGCGUGAGGAGAAAAGUGGAGGAGCAUUCUGGUUGGGUGGGACCUUAAGGAGCAGCCCCGAGGCCAUCGCCUGAGGUGGGCUUGGUUGGUGAGUCAGACCCUACUGGCACCCGUUGCCUUGGGGCCUAAAGCCAGAGAAGGUAGACGCGAUGCUGCCAUGGCUAAGCCUCUACAGUAAUUUGAGCGAUGCGGAAUUGUUGCUUUCAGGUUUUGCGCAUGAUUUUGUUAUACUGUUUCGGGACAGGGAGUUUGCUUCGAGCUUUCGGAACUUAAAGUUGGUGAGGGAAUUUCCAGGGGUGGUUCAGGAAAAGCUUUUCAAGGAGGUUAAGUUGGGUCAGAUGGCAGGGCCAUUUGUGGACCCCCCGCUACCCGGCCUGUGGUUGCCUGCGUUAGGGGUGGUUCCUAAGAAGGAAUUGGGGAAGUACCGUCUCAUCCAUCAUCUUUUGCACCUGAAAGGGGCUUCUGUGAAUGAUGACAUUGCCAGGGAACUUUGCUCGGUCCCGUAUGCUUCAUUUGACCAAGCAGUCGAGUUGGUUAAGAAGGUCGGGCAUGGGGCGCUGAUGGCCAAGGUGGUCCUUAGUAUGGUAGCGGGGGGUAGGUGGCCGGAUGUGCUCAUGCUGCAUGCAGGUGGUAACGACCUUGGGCUUAUCCGUCAACUGCUAGUUAAGAGAAUGAAGCAGGAUGUAAAUAGGAUUAGGACCUCAGUCCCUGGGGUUCAUCUGGUGUGGUUGGAGAUAGUUCCCGGGCUCUGUUGGUGGCAUGCACGGGAUUUGGCAAUUGUGGGGCGCUGCCGAGGGGCAGGUUUGGGCUCCGGAGACAGGGGUUCUCCUAGGUUGAUGGCUAGUUUUAUACGGAAGUUAGGCGGGGUGGUAGUCAGGCACAAGGAACUGGAGGACAUGUUGCCUGGCUAUUUCAGACAGGAUGGGGUGCAUUUCUCAGAUGUGGGAUGUUAUUUGUUUAAUUUGGGGCUGCAGGAAGGGCUGGCCAAGGAUUUGUUUCUUUGGGGUGGCGGAGCUUAGACAUCUUAAGGGUUCAAGGUCUGAGCUUGUGGCGUGUGGUAUAAGGAAGGUUAAAGGGGUAAUGGGCCUGCUUAGGGAAGAGAAGAGCAAGAUAAGUUAGUUGGCUGGUUAAUAUGGUUGGUUACCUGUUGUAAGAUGAUGGUGGGUUUCAAGCUAGUUGGUAGUUCAGAACCCCUGUGGUGUAGAGGUAUCAAGGUACACCCCUGCCAGGAUCAUGUGGAAAAUGUUGGAUCCUGUUUAUGUUAUUUUUAUGUGAUUGUUAUACUAUGUUAUGUGAUAUAUAAUGGGUCAUUACCUUGUGAUUUGAAAUGUGGGGAAGAUAAUGUUGGAUGGCUGAGGAUUUGGGGUGGACAAUGACUUUAAAAAGUUAUUCAUAUGUUAUUGUUAUUAUUAUUAUUAUGAUUAUAAUAAAAUUAAAGCUGUGGACAUAUUGACCCAUACCUAUGAGUGUCAGUGUUGUAUUAGGGGUGGGUUGGUAUAGGUAGUAGACAGCUCCUCCUGCCCAUAUGGCGACAAUGCACCUGUCAUGUCUGUUUCUCACCUUUCUACGUGCAGCCCUCACACAGAGAUUGCCCCUCCUCCAUACUUCCUCCUGCAGGUGUUGCUUUCAUUUGGUCUGAAUUCAACCAGGAGAGACAGCAGAGGAGGAUUCACCUGAUAACAGACAUGCAGAGCACAGCCUAGUUAUCUCUGUGCCUGAACCAACUAAGCAAAAUGGAAAGGUGCUAGCUUUAACCUCUGAUUUUAGAGAAAUUUAGACAUUCUUCUAGCACAGUGUAUAGCUGUUUCUCUAUCAUUUAAUAUUAAGGUGUAUUUGUUAUGACAAGUACCCUUUCAUAAUCAUUAACCCCACAAUUACAACUCAUCUCAAGCUUUUAAUCAUCUUAUCAAUAAACACGAAUGUGACCUAUCUCUGACAUUAACCCCUCCCUAAAACCCCCUUUACCCUACCCACUUCUAAUAUUAUCUUUAACCCUGCAUGAUUACACAUCUGUAUGCACUCACUAUACUCACAGACUGAAACUCAAUUCAUUACUGUGAUGAUACGACCCUGUCGUCUCUGUUACCGAAGGUGUAACAGUCCAGGCCUAAUAUCGUCUGCGGCUAGUUUAUUUUGCAACUGAGUUUAUUUUACAGGUACCAGGGCAUUUAAACACUAAGCACAGAAUAGAUAACUAUAUUAUUUGUUACAGUUCCCUUCCCCAUUUGUGCAUGUCCAUCCUGACAACAAAGAGCUAUUUGGAUAAGCCAGGCAGAUAUCUCAGCAUGACAGUCUCUAUCACAAUCUCGUAUUGGUCUCAGCUGGAGGGGAAAGGUUCUGCCUCUGCACUGUGACACAUCAAAGUCCCUUUUGUCACAAUUACAAACAGAAGUCUGCACAUAUAUACAUAGUUGUCAAAUAUAAACAUAUGUUUUUAUGUCCAAAAGGUCAAUUAAACUCAUAUUAUGUGCCUUUUUAUUUUUAGGGUGAAUGGGGAGCAGAGGGCACCUUAUAAUUUUGUGCCUAGUCAGCUGACAUGCAAAUCCAGCCCUGAUCACACAGCUCCCUACUGUGCUGCUGAAAGGAAUAUAUAAAAUAUAUAUUUCAACAUGUAACAAAACUACCAAUUGUCUCUCUCAGCAUUCUCUUGCGUAUUAUUUCAGCUAUAAACAAAGUUGUUGUUUUUUUUACUAUUUUUGUACAAAAUAAUGAUUUUUUUUUUUUUACAUUUUUGAUUUUAAAAUAAAGUAAAAUUCCCAUUAUUAACCAGGGGAGACCAGUAAUUGGCUUCAUCCUCUACCUACCUCCAGUGAAUUAUAUGGUAAUAUAUUAAUUAGGGUUAUGGAUUUCCGUACCAUAAUAAUAAAUUGACCCAGGAAGCCCAAUCCCCGUGUACUAUUAGCUUUCGGAUAAGAAUACUACUGGGUGUAGGUCCAAACAAACACUCCACAAGUAUAUUUAAAUUAUAAUUUUUUUUUAUAAAUAUAUACAAAAAUAAUACCAGGUCACAAAUCCAAGAUCAUAAAAAUAUCAAACAUAAGUCAUAUCAAGCUAAGCAUCCACAUAUGUAGGUAUAUAUAUAUAUAUAUAUAGUGACCAUUAUUUAUCAAUUAUUUAAAAAAAAUAAAAAUAGGAAAAAUACUCCCCCAACAUUUCGGCAAGAUUGCUUUCAUCAAGGUAGGUGACAUUAAAGGAAUUAUUGUUUUUUGUUCCUUUAUUGUAACAGGGCAUCAGAGUGGAAUGAGGUUGAUAAGAAAGUAUUAGAUGCUCUCCACGUAACAAAAAACGAAGGAGAAUUCUGGUGAGUACAUUUUUAAUUUCCACAUAUAAAUCAACCACAGGCAUCACCUGUUUCUCUUAACACUGGAGUUCCACACAUUUUCUAACUUGUCUCUACAAUGUUGCUCUUAUAUACAAGUACUGGACUGAAUGGCUGAGCUCAAUAUCAGGUCCAUAUGGCUGGAUUCUCUUUGUAGAGUAGGGGUUUAUUGAAUAGCAAUUUUCCAGUUGACUUUAGUGAAUGAAUUGCUAUUCUAGUAAGUAGACUAAACUUUUACUCUGCUGUGAGAAUCCAACCCAAAGUAUUUACGUUCUAUCGUCAAAGCUUAAUUUUUAACACAGGACUGAAUAAAUAUUUAGAACAUACUGGAAAAUUACAUAAUAUUACAUAGUAAAAAAUUACUAAAUAGACACAAGUAAAAAAACAUAAAAUUUCACCAAACCUGAAAUAUCACAGCAAACCUAAUUUAGAAAUUUUCUUUAGUCUUUUUUUUUUUUUUUUUAAGUUUAUUCCAGAUUUAGGCGAAAACAGCUCAUAAACAAACAUUUCCUAACUCAUUAAUCUUGGUAAUUUGUUUACUUAAAUUAUUGAACAUUUACAGGAUGCCCUUCUUUGACUUUAAACAAAAUUUCUCCGGAGUAGUCAUAUGCCACACUAGUUUGAGUGAUGCUCUUCAAAAAGAGAGUGAUUUGUGGAACGUCACAAAAUUUUAUGGGAGCUGGACUAAAAACGUGACUGCAGGUGGCCCUCCAGACAAAGGUGAUUAUAAUAUGCUCACAUAGCUUGAUAAAGGUAAGGUAUGCAAGAAAAUGAAAAUGGUGCUGGUUUGUGGCAAUCCAUGCUGAACAUUCUGGCGUUUUGUUGUAUGUUUUUAAUGGAAAAAGAGGUCAAUAAGGACAGGCUAAAGGAGCUUCAAUAGUCCAUAGCUUCAUUUCCUUGACCUCUAUGCACUAAGAAGAGAUAAGCUUCAAUUGACAGUCCAUUGUAUUAAGACCAAAGAACCCCAAACAAUGUGUUUUUAAUUAUCUCCUUUAAUAUUAAAGAAUAGGCAUUGAUCAGUCUCUAGCAUGCAGAGCUCAACUUAAAUAUAACGAGUGAAAAACUAUUUCUUUGUACCUGUCAAAGAUUUGCAUUGUUAGGGUCUCAAGCAACAUGACAUGAACUGAAAGCUAGACUGCAACUCACAGAGAGGGUGCAAAGCAAUAGGAUUGUAACCCAAAGGGCUUAGUGUUCAGUCCCUUAAAUUAAACUUUACUAGCACGUCUUAGACCUGUGUUUGGUGCAAACCACAUCCCUACCCUGUUAAUUUAGAUUGGGAUUCACCUUCCAUCACAUGCUAUCAGGAAACAGUUCAGUAUCCUUGUAUUAAAUUGUCUUCAGUGUAAAAAGCAGAAACUUAUGAACCACAACUGUGGUCUUUGUCAAGCUUUGUUAAGUUGUAGUCAAAACGUUACUGCUUUUCACACCGAAGACACUUUAAUAAAAGGGCGCUGUGCUUAAAAGGACGUACUGAUACAUUCCUGUAUCAGCUGUAUGUGGAGCGGUUGGAGGCAGGACCGGGUUCCUGUGUUGGUCUCCUUUGUAAUAUAUAUUUUUUUUUUUAAAGAAAGACUCUAAACCUCACUGUUUGAUUCUCUGUUGUAUACUUUGCAACCAAACUUCCUUUUCUAUACAGGUGCCUCACUUUUUGUGUUUUUAUAACUUUGUUUUUUCAAAGUUAUCAUUUAUUCAAGUCCUUAAAGCCAGAAAAACCCUCAAAAAAGUCCCAUUAUUACAAAGAUAAAAAUUGUGUAGGUUUGAUCUAAUUAUUAUACAAGGUGUUUCACCUUAAUAUUGGUAAUCUAAGAGUCCAAGAAUAGAAGUAUACCAAAUAGAGAAGAUGGGUACAAAUUAAAUUGCCUUCUUUAAACUGUCAUAAGGAAUAGACAUUUAUUCCAUCCAUGCUGGGAAAUCUGUGAAGAAGGAUAAAUGUAUAGACUUGUACCUGGGGAUUGGCUUUGUUGCCAUGGUGACGUCUCCCCACGUGUUGUAUGUAUCAGUGCAUCAGUCCUAAAGAUCUUUUGAGUGUAUACUGUUAUUCUUUAUAAUCUUUAGUAAUAGCAGCCACAUAAAGCCGUAAUCUGUUUUUCCGUAUUACAAGUUAUAUAACCCAGUAAUUUAUGUAUAUGGUUCUCCUUUACAAACAGAGUCAUUUUGGACCAACCCCAAAUUUUUUAUCAAAUUGGAAAAGACCAAAGGAGAUCAACCACUGUGUACGAUCGUUGUGAGCCUGAUGCAGAGGAAGAGGAAUAAAAGAGUGGACAGGAUUAAAAUUCAAUACAGUAUUAUCCCGGUCAGUUGCUCUAUAAAUUCUCAGAGAUAUAGUAAUAAAAAAAAUAUUUAUUAAAAUAAAUCAAAUAAAAAAGUUUUUGGAAUGUUCUAAAAUAUAACGAAUUUACUAAUCAUUACUCUUUCAAAUGUCACAUUAUUUGCAGACCCCUCUGCAUCAUUUUGGAAUCCUCUGACAUUCCUACACCAUUCUAGAGUCAUUUCAGACUCCGGAUGUUGUGUCUCUUUCAGCAUCCGUACAUUGAAAUAAUGAUGCAGGUUAUGUCGUUGAGUCCUAAUCGACGCUCACGUAGUUUCUAGGUACACAGUGCAAUAUUAUCCAAUACAUUAUAAAAGCCAUUGUGACUAGUAGUAAGUGUCCUGUUGUGGCCUAUGUAAUAUCCAAUCAUGCAUUCCUUGCUUUUGGUAUUUUGGCUCCGCUUGUCUUGAUCUUCCUGCUCUCUUGUAUUGUCUGGCGACAGAAAAGGAUCAAAUGUUGCAUUGGAAGGAGAAAGGGUAGAAUGAACUCAAAUGCAUUCACACUAACACAUAUAUACCCCAGCAUUCACACUCUAAACAGUACGUCCUUGUUUUUACACACAUGCCUUCUAUAAAAAAUAUAUAUAUAUAUUUAUUAUAAAUAUUAUUUAUAAAUAAAUAUUUUCAAUGCAUGGUGGGGCAACCAUAUACUCACUCACUUUUACCCUUAGCCAAUAGACGGCUGAAGGUGCCCUGCCCGGAACACUAUAAUACUGCUGACACCUCUCCUGUCAAUCAUUUCCCUAGUUAAGUGAUCCUUAAUGACUCCAAACUCAAUAACUGUUUGGUUCUGGUGCCAUAGUGUCCUGAUGCUAUCUCAGAGUAAGAGGUCAAACCUUUUGCAAAUGAUUGGAAAACUUACCUGGGGUCUACUGGCACCAGACCAUGCCUCCAUGAAGUUUGGAAACUCCUGCACCAAGCUUCUGUUAGUUUCCCUGAGCUAAGCCCUGCGGUGCAGAGCAUCAGCUGCGCAUUCUCAGCAAGUGAGCUAAGCCUUGAACCACCAGGUAAGCAUCAGGUUAGCUAAGAGCAGAGAGCUUACAGCUUUCAUGGAGGAUGGGCCAUUUGCAAAUGGCUUGGCUUCUCACACUAGGAGGGCAUCAGGGCUCUCCUAGAGUGCUGCUUUAAGUAUAUACAUAGGUAGGGAAAAUAUUGAUAAGAGAGGUGUCAACAGUAUUAUUGUGUUGAAGGUCUGGUACUCCUUGCAGGUUAUGAUAAGGGAUAGCAGUUCAUUAAUAUUGAGGAGGGUAAAAAAAAAGUAGGGAGUAUGUUAGCCAGUAGUAGUUAUGGUGCUUUGAUUGUUCAUUUAAAUAUGUUUCAAAAGAAAAAAAAAACUGGUCACAUGCAAAAUGAUAUAUAGCCACCCAGCCCAAUGGUUCUGAAUUCCAUUACAUUUAUAAUACAACUGCAUUAUUGUUCCAAGGCUAAUGUGAUCAGCUUACAUAGUUACAUAGUUACAUAGCUGAAAAGAGACUUGUGUCCAUCAAGUUCAGCCUACCUCACAUUUGUUUUUCGCUGUUGAUCCAAAAGAAGGCAAAAAAAAAAAAAACAGUUUGAAGCACUUCCAAUUUUGCAACAAGCUAGGAAAAAAAUUCCUUCUUGACCCCAGAAUGGCAGUCAGAUUUAUCCUUGGAUCAAGUAGUUAUUACCCUACAUUGAAAGAUUAUAUCCUUGAAUAUUCUGCUUUUGCAAGUUUGCAUCUAGUAGCUGUUUGAGCAUCUGUAUGGACUCUGAUAAAACCACUUCUUCAGGCGGAGAAUUCCACAUCCUUAUUGUUCUUACAGUAAAAAAAACCUUUCCUUUGCUUUAGACAAAAUCUUCUUUCUUCCAGUCUAAAUGCAUGACCUCAUGUAAUAUGUAAAGUCCGGUUUGUGAAUAGAUUUCCACACAAUGGUUUGUAUUGGCCCUGAAUAUAUUUGUAUAACGUUAUCAUAUCCCCUUUCAGGUGACGUUUUUCUAAACUAAAUAGGUUUAAAUUUGUUAACCUUUCUUCAUAGCUGAUAUGUUCCAUUCCUUUUAUUAAUUUUGUAGCCCGCCUCUGCACUUUUUCUAGUGCCAUAAUAUCCUUCUUUGGAACAGGUGACCAAAAUUGCACAGCAUAUUCAAUAUGGGGUCUUACCAGUGAUUUAUAGAGGCAAAAUUAUAUUCUCAUCCCAAGAAUGAAUGCCCUUUUUCAUGCAUGACAAUACCUUACUGGCCUUGGCCACUGCUGAUUGACAUUGCAUAUUGUUGCAUAGUUUGUUGUCUAUAACAAUUCCCAAGUCCUUUUCGUGUGUUGUUAUCCCUAAUUCGCUUCCAUUAAGGGUAUACGUUGCUUGUGUAUUCUUUACGCCAAAGUGCAUAACUUUGCAUUUUUCAACAUUAAAUUUCCUCUGCCAUUUUAGUGCCUAGUCCCCCAGUCUAUCUAAAUCCCUCUGCAGCAAAGUAAUAUCUUGCUCACAUUGUAUUAUUUUACAGAGUUUUAUGUCAUCUGCAAACACUGAAACAUGACUUUCAAUACUUUUUUCAAGAUAAUUUAUAAACAUGUUAAAUAGAAGGGGUCUCAGAACAGAACCCUGAGGGACACCACUUGCCACCUCUGUCCAGCUUGAAAAUGUACCAUUAAUGACAACUCUUUGUACUCUAUUUUUAAGCCAAUGUUCUACCCAAGAACAAGCAUUUUCAUCUAGACCGAUUUCCUUGAGUUUGAACACUAAUCUGUUGUGUGAAACUGUAUCAAAUGCCUUGGCAAAAUCCAAAUAGAUCACAUCCACUGCAACACCCUGAUCUAUACUUCUACUUCUUCAUAGAACGCAAUCAAGUUAGUUUGACAUGACCCGUGCUUCAUAAAACCAUGCUGAUUUUUGCUGAUAACCAUGUUCUUCUCAAGGAAUUCUUGAAUAUUAUCCCUUAAUAACAUUUCAAAUAUUUAUUACACAAUCAAAUUGCUAAUCUUCUAUAAUGUUAGAGUUUAAAUCCUCCCCGUUACAGAUGCUAAAUAAAUUGGUUGGAGUGAUAUACAAUGCUAUACCACAACCAUUUAAACCACCCUGUGUUCCAGUAUUGGAAAGAAUGGAGAAUGAUAAAAAUAAAUCAGAACUAAUGCUUUUGGACAAACCUGAUAUAGUUCCCAUACGCUAGUCUAGUUUCCAGGCACUCACUUAUAUAAAAUACAUCCAGUGAAAAACUAAACCACUUUCCUACACUUUCUGGUUCUAUUAAAUGAUUAUUGAUUUUCUAACAUUACACCAUUUUAUUUUCAAAGGAAAACAAUAUUGUAUUUAAAUGUUAAUAUAUGUUGGUAUUUUCUGCAGAUUUAUAUUAAUAUUUAUUUUUACCUUCUUUCUUUUGCAGAUCCCAAAAGAGGUAUUGUAUUCUACUUUUCAAAAAAUGUUUUGCUGUGUCUCCUUCCAUUCUAUUCUACAUUGAACGACCUCUAUAAGGCCUGGAUCUGAUAUGACCUCACUAAACGCAGUAAUAUAUUUAUGGCGGCCACCCCAAAAGGAAGAGGGGUUUCGCCACCAGAGGUGUUCUUUCCCCCUAGUAAGAGUGAUACUGCAGUAUCUCAAGUAGCGAUAAUCCAAGUCAUGUUAUAGUGGGUAUAGCAUUCCCCUACAAGCAUGAGACGAGGCUCUAUGUUGAGGGUAAAUUGGAACUGCUUUAAUUGGAGCCACACAUUGCUUUUUAUGUAAGUCCCCAUGCCAGGGGUUUCCUGACACAUAUUCCAGGGGCAUUCCUUGCUGGACCUGAGAGGAGACUGCUGUAAAGUACACCAAUAAUUUACAUUAACUCUCAAGUCCAGGACAUACACAUUAAUUAUACCCCAAAACAUACAUUUAACAGUUAGGUACCCCCUCAAGUAUUACAUGCCCAGAUAGCCUGGAUCUAAGUGCCCAACAUAUCCCGAACGUUUGCAGAUCCCAUGAACACAGUCGAAAUGCCACUGGAGUAAAGUUUAGACCGACCGCGCACUAGGUGUCUGCCUAAAAGAGUUCAAUGAAAUCAGGCUGAGUGGUCAGUAUCUUCUUGUAUAAAUGUGCAUCAUAAAGGUGCGCAUUAGAUUCAGUCGGAAAUUAGAUUCAAGUAAAUACGGUAUUUUAUAUGAAAUAAGUUACUAAUACAUUUCUUUUUUUUAUUUAUGUGUACAUAUCUUAAUGUUAUAUUUAUUUUUAUUGUCGUGAUGUUUUAUAAAAUAUAAAAAAAAAUGAGUGUGUCCAUGAGCAUAACACAAGAGUUUCCAUGCUUUGGUUUUUUUUUUUUGUGUUUUUUUUUUUUUAAAUGUAUUUAUAACCUGUAGAAAAGCAGUGUAAAUUCUGAAACACAAUGCCUGUUAAGAUGGGUACUUUGAGAUAUUUGUGGAAACAGGAUUUCUCAAGUUUCUGUGCCCAAAGAGGACUUCUAAAAGUCCAAUUUGAGAUAUGAAUCUUUUAUAUUUAUAUCUAUAUAUACAUGUACACAGAUACAGCACAUACACACUUAUUGCAAUGUUGUUGGUUUUUUUUAAUAUUAUAGUUAGUUGCACUGGACUGCAAAUAGUGCUUAUGUUACACACAUACAUAUACACAUUAAUCAGGCACAUUCCAUCAGCUACAUCUGCUAAGUGUAGCAAAGUGAUUUGGUUUCAAACUUUCAUUUACAAACUAUAUUUUUUUUUACAGUAUCAGAAUCAGGACAUCAAUAAGAUCAACUUGGACAAAGAUUUCUUCAAAAAGUAUAAGAACACAAUGCUAAAACUUCCCACCAGAUUUGCUGGUAAACGUGACGUUUCUUGGCGUUUUAAGUUGCCAGUCGGAGUGUAUGUGAUUGUUCCAUAUGGCGGCAGUACCAAUGACGAGGGAGACUUAUUCCUACGCGUGUUCACAGAGAAGACAGCUGGAUCUCUGUAAGUGAAUCCUCCAACUCACAAUAUAAAAUAUGAGGUAUCAAUCCAUUACACUCCAGCAAGUUAAUAAAAUGUGUUAAUGGUUUUGAUCACAACAGGGAAUUAGAACAACCAACAUGUGGUUUUGAUAUUUUUUAGAAGAAUAUCAAGCUAAUGAGCCCACCAUGCAUUAUCCUGAAUGAAUGCCAGCUAAUCCAUAUCCUCUAUUGAAACACUUCUCUUUCCUUUCAUUUAAAUCAUAAUUAGGCUGAUCCUAGGGACGCCUGGAUGCAUACAUUUAUUUGGCGGACCCCCAGGUGGGCUUGGUCAUCUUACUAACUCCUCCCCUUUGCAAAUGACCAGUCCAAACAUGCAUGUUUCUAUGGCAACACCACCACCUCUCUAUCUAUAAGCCCCACUUCUUUUUAAAUCAGACACACUUACUGACAGUGACACACUCCCACUGACACACACACACACACUCACUGAGAGACACAUACACUCACUGAUUUGACACAUACUGACACACACACCCACUGACUGACACACGCACAAUGACAGAAACACUAUCUCACUGAUUUGAAACAUUCACUGACAGACACACUCACUGACAGAAAAACACACACACAUGUACAAAAUGACAGACAAUCUCACUGAUUUGAAAUAUUCACUGACAGACACUCACUGACAGAAACACACACACGUACAAAAUGACAGACAAUCUCACUGAUUUGAAACAGACUCACUGACAGACAAACACUCACUGAGAGACACAUACUGACACCCACACCCACUGACUGACACACGCUCAAUGACACAAAUACAAUCUCCCUGAUUUGAAACACUCACUGACAGACACACACACACUGACAGACACACACAGACAUGUACAAAAUGACAGACAAUCUCACUGAUUUGAAACAAACUCACUGACAGACACAAUCACUGACAGACACACUCACUGACACAAACACUGAUAUACACUCUCAAUGACAGACACACAAUCUCACUGAUUUGAAACACUCACUGACAGACACACCCAAUGACAUACAGACACACACACACUGACACACUCAUUGACAGACACACACAUACACACAUACACUCACUGACAGACACCCUAACAUACACUCUCAAUUAUUUGAAACACACUUACUGACAGACACACUUACUGACAGAGACACUGACAGACACACACUCACUGACAGACAUAAACACAUUGACACACACACAUACACACACUGACAGAGCCACUCACACACUGACAGACACAUUUACAUAUUCUUGCACACACACAUUAAUUUUAUUUCUUGUUUUAUGUUUUUUUUAGACCAAUACAUCCUCCUUACCUUUAGCAGAGCUGGUAUAGGUCCUCUACCUGGGGUCCAGUGGGGAUCUUCUCCCUAGACGUCACCCUGCAGACAUUUGUUCCCCAUCUUGCGCUGUCUGGUGACCUAGCCCCCCAUACACAUGCCCAGGAUCAGCCCUGAAUAGGCAUUCAUUUUAUCUAAUUUAUAUAUAUUUACCUAUGUAUUCAAGUGUGAUGAUAGCUCUCUAUCUAAUCAAACUACCUAUCUUUUUUUCCUACGGCUGGUUAUAGAGUUAAUUAUCUGUUCAUUCAUUGUAUAACACACUGUAUGUAUUGAAUCUGCUUCAUUUUAUGAAACUGGCUGUGGUUUCUGGAGUCCUCUGGUACUGUUCAACAGUUUUUAAUGUUUUAAUGCUAAACGAGAGUCACUAAGGCUGCUGCUUGGGCUAACAAGGAAGUAAUAGCCUGAGCAGAAUUGGACAGCUGAGAGUGCUGAGAGUGUCAGCUGACUGCGUUUACCCUGUCAGAGCUCCCAUUGUCAGUAUGAAUAGGUACACAUGGAAGUGUCUAAUCUCUGUUUAACACUGAAUGGAGCAACAGUGCCAGGGACUCCAGUCACUAGAUCCGAUUCACAGAGAUGAAAUGGUUAGAGGACUACAGUGUCCCUGGAAAUUUCUUAACUUCCUAUAGAUCUGUCUGUCUUAUAUUACCCAUGUCUUGUAUUAAUAUUAUUAAUUAUAGUGGUAAAUGUGUCAAUAACUUGCUGGCCAAUCUUGGAAAUGUUUUGUGAAAUGUAUUUUCCUGUUGGAAGAAGUUUCAUUCAGUGAUGGUUUGUGACAGAUACAUUGUGUGUUUACAUGGCAUUGCUUACACAAUAAAUAGCACUUUUUGAUUCUAAUGCAUAACUGUUCUCUUCAAGUUAUGUUUCUGUAUGUCCAAUAACUAUAAAUUCUAAAUAUAACUAAAUGUUUUCUCUCUUUUUAGUGCCGAUGUCUGUACUCUUGCAAACUGAAGUUGGACAAGGUAAAAAACAUUUUUUUUCCUGAGCCUGAAUAAAAGUAAAAUGUUUGUAAGUGCAUAUAAUUAUGCACAUAUGAACCACAUAAUUUGUCUAUUGUUAUAUUAAGUGACAUGUAUCCCUUUUAAACAACUGUCUCAUUCAAAAGCUGAAGAAAACAGCUAAAUAUGUUUUGUUUUUCAAAUAUACCUGCUUCUUCUUUCUUAUGCUUUCCACACCCACUCUGGGGGUGGGCAAUGAUCUAACCAAUUAGUGUCCUAUCCCUAGGAAUACUGGAAAAGUGCCUUGGGCGUGCUUAACAGAUUUACACAUGUGCAGUUGAAACAACUCUUCACUUUACAACAGCAUGACAGGGGAGAAAAGAGGGAGUCUGAUCAGUGAGAUCAUACAGGGUUUCUCUCUCCUGUUGUGACCUGUUUCUGUCACUAGUGGACUGGUCUGGCCUGAAUAAGUGGAUGGUUAAUGAGGGUUAGAAUAAACUUCCCUAGCUAAGAGGGGUGCCCAAUAAUGCAAACCAACCUAGUUUAUAGUUAGUUUAUAAAUGUCUAUUACAUACUUUUAAAAGUUUUUCUGACUUUAUUUUGGUUUGUAUAUUUGUUUAAAGGUGUUUGCUUGCUGGUUUAUGAAACAAAUUGUCAACUGAUGCACUUGUCUUUAAGGAGUUUAUUUUAUUUAUUGAGUUUUAUUUUAUCAACUCACCACAAAUCUAUUUUAAUGAAAACCCCUUGAUUAUCAACUUCUAAAAUAACAUUUCUCGUGUUGGUCGGGUCUCUGAAAUAUAAUGGUGGGAGACUCAGUAUAAAUACGUUACAUAUUAUACAAACCAUAAAACUAUAGGAGAAAAUAGGAUAUACCCUAAACUCAAAAUAAGACACCCCAAGGUAAAUCUUUUUUUAUCAUAAUAUUUUACUAAAGGGAUAAUUCCAAGUGAAUUCAUGUUGAAUGUCAAAUUUAUAAGUUUAUAGUAUAUAAACUAGAUGCAAUCCAUAUAUGGCAGAUGCGCUUCAUUUUACACCAAUAGUUUGACAUUUUGCAAUGUAUUUGGCUGUAUGUGUGGAAAGCUUUUUUUAAAAUUAUUAUAUUUUGUACUACGGCUGGUUAUAGAGUUAAUUAUCUGUUCAUUCAUUGUAUAACAUAUUGUCUAAACGAGAGGUGUAUAGCCAUUGCCUUCCAUCUCCCAGUACAUUUAUGGGCAUAUCCACACACAUAUAUAUACACACACACACACACACACACACUGACAAACAUACACAAUGCAAUGUAUUUGGCUGUAUAUGUGGAAAUAUAUACAUACACACACACACUGACAUACGUAUAUACACUCACUGACACACAUACAUACUCAAACUCACAUAAACAAACUGUGCACAUAUUCAAUUAGACCUAUGCACACACAUAUACAGAGACACAAAACUAACAAGUACACACUCACACAGAGAGUUGCACACAAUGCAAUGUAGACACAUCUGGUAAGUAGUAAGAGGGAAAUGAAGCAUCCCCUAGUCUACUGUUACACAGCCAAGUGAGCAGAAAAACAGAAGCCAAAUAGCCCUCCAGCCUCCUUUAAUGUCCUCUACUCAUGAAGGCAGGUAAUUGCUGGGGUUAAAUUAAAAGUUGGCUUUGACGUAACAAGGGUUAGCAUUGCCUCGUCACCCUCGUUCUCCUCAUGAAUCUCUCCUCUAGCGUCACUGACAGCAAGACUGCGUGUGUCUUAAUUAGAGAGGUGCCCUCUAGAGACAUGAGCCCAUAGGCAGUUGCCUACUCUGUCUUUUGCUAUUUUGUUUUUCAAGACAUUAAGAUUUUAUUUAUUGUUUUUUCCACAGACCAAUGAUUCAGUUCAGAAUUAACUGCUAGAAGCACUCUGGACACAACAUUCUCUGACAUAUCUGCUUUACAUAGACAAUCAACAUUAUAUUUCUCAUUAUAAAAAUUAUAAAGAGCAUUACCUGGUAUAGCCUCGACAUGUAGACCAUAAUGUGUACAUUUUCUUUAUGACUAUAAUAAAUGCCAUGAGCUUUGCAAACUGAUUAAU